AUGUCGGAUUUAGAGAGACUGAAGAUGACGGGCGCUGGGAAAGCUAUCGCCUUGUUGACGAGUGGUGGAGAUGCACAAGGUACAGGAUGAUUAGGGAAACGGACAAACAUCUGUCUAGCUAUGCAUGGCCUAGGGCUAGGCUGUGUUACAUUUUAGUCAUUUUAGCAGACGCUCUUAUCCAGAGCGACUUACAGUUUGUGAGUUCAUACAUUAUUUUAUUUUUUCAUACUGGCCCCCCGUGGGAAUCAAACCCACAACCCUGGCGUUGCAAGCGCCAUGCUGAGCUACAUCCCUGUGUUAGUAGCAUAAUCAAUACAGAUCGUCGGUCAUAUGUUAACUUCUAGUUAUUUUACUUUGUUCAUGAUUUUAAACUUGUUUUCUUUUACGCGAGUUGUUGACAUGGGGUUUUGACAACUAAAAGGCAAGAAAGGGGGCUUGACAAUAUUAUCCAUGAAAUGUGUUUUCGUGCAUGUUGGCAGAUAUGACUCGUUCCACUUAUAAUGUUGUUAAAGUCGUAAUCUCCUGGUUUUGUGUUCUCAUCCGUCGAUCCUCAUCGUUUUAUUAUAAUCAGUUUGCAAAAUCUUUGUGGAAGCGUUACUUAAAACGCAAGGUGCGUUUGAUUGAGAUCACUCUAUACGCCGGGUGAACGGAUUCAGAACUAAUAUGAUGCUGUGAAAAAUGUAAACUCUUCAACACCUCGCACUAUGCGAGCUAGUCAAGCGCACCCCUAUUGGUGCACCUACGUCGGUGGGUGUUAUUGGGCUAUACGUGCAGGAUAUCAGGUGAAAGACAGGAGGAACAUUUUAUUGCCCUUUGCAUGUUUGAUCAGGGACUGUCAAGGUUACAGCCUCAGCCUACCACAUAAUUAAUCAGUGGAGGACCAACCAACUCAGUGAAUUUCAUGCAAAUAGUAAAACCUUUAAAAAAGUUAGCCAUUUUAAACUAUAUGAAAUAUGUUAAUGUCACCAAAUAACUGUUUUGCAGUGAAGGUCUACAGUAGCCUCAACAGCACUCUCUGGAGUAGCACCGUGGUUUAGCUGGAGGACAGCUAGUUUCUGUUCUCCUCUGGGUAAAAUAAUAAUAUGCCAUUUAGCAGACGCUUUUAUCCAAAGCGACUUACAGUCAUGCGUGCAUACAUUUUUGUGUAUGGGUGGUCCCGGGGAUCGAACCCACUACCUUGGCGUUACAAGCGCCGUGCUCUACCAGCUGAGCUACAGAGGACCACAUUGACAAGGAGGCUCAUGGUUCUCAACCCCUUCCAUAGACUUACACAGUAAAUAUUUACUCGAAGAGAGAGAAAGACAAUAGUUUAACAAGGAGAAGCAGCAGAGAGCGAGCAAGAGAGAGCUAGCUAUAUUUUGUUAGAUUUUUUUCACUUUCACACUGUAGCUAGCCAUUGACGUCACCAGAACCGGACAUUCAGGUAUUUUGCCCCAAGUAUUUCACCCUGCUGGGAUGGUGUAAAACAAACUAGUCUACGCUGCAUUAUACACUGCAGUGACUUCUCCAAACAGGAGCCCUGGCCUGCCCAGCCUUUUUAGUGCUGACUAAAACCAGCAUUUCUGUGUGUAACCGGUGUGAAAUGGCUAGCUAGUUAGCGGUGCGCGCUAGUAGCAUUUCAAUUGGUGACGUCACUCGCUCUGAGACCUUGAAGUAGUUGUUUCCGUGGUUUUUGUGGAGCGACGGGUAACGGUGCUUCGAGGGUGACUGUUGUGGAUGUGUGCAGAGGGUCCCUGGUUCAAGCCCAGGUAGGGGCGAGGAGAGGGACGGCAGCAACACUGUUACAUGUGGAGCGACGGGUAACGGUUGCUUCGAGGGUGACUGUUGUGGAUGUGUGCAGAGGGUCCCUGGUUCAAGCCCAGGUAGGGGCGAGGAGAGGGACGGCAGCAACACUGUUACAUGUGGAGCGACGGGUAACGGUGCUUCGAGGGUGACUGUUGUGGAUGUGUGCAGAGGGUCCCUGGUUCAAGCCCAGGUAGGGGCGAGGAGAGGGACGGCAGCAACACUGUUACAUGUGGAGCGACGGGUAACGGUGCUUCGAGGGUGACUGUUGUGGAUGUGUGCAGAGGGUCCCUGGUUCAAGCCCAGGUAGGGGCGAGGAGAGGGACGGCAGCAACACUGUUACAUGUGGAGCGACGGGGUAACGGUGCUUCGAGGGUGACUGUUGUGGAUGUGUGCAGAGGGUCCCUGGUUCAAGCCCAGGUAGGGGCGAGGAGAGGGACGGCAGCAACACUGUUACAUGUGGAGCGACGGGUAACGGUGCUUCGAGGGUGACUGUUGUCGAUGUGUGCAGAGGGUCCCUGGUUCAAGCCCAGGUAGGGGCGAGGAGAGGGACGGCAGCAACACUGUUACAUGUGGAGCGACGGUAACGGUGCUUCGAGGGUGACUGUUGUGGAUGUGUGCAGAGGGUCCCUGGUUCAAGCCCAGGUAGGGGCGAGGAGAGGGACGGCAGCAACACUGUUACAUGUGGAGCGACGGGUAACGGUGCUUCGAGGGUGACUGUUGUGGAUGUGUGCACAGGGUCCCUGGUUCAAGCCCAGGUAGGGGCGAGGAGAGGGAUGGCAGCAACACUGUUACAUGUGGAGCGACGGGUAACGGUGCUUCGAGGGUGACUGUUGUGGAUGUGUGCAGAGGGUCCCUGGUUCAAGCCCAGGUAGGGGCGAGGAGAGGGACGGCAGCAACACUGUUACAUGUGGAGCGACGGGUAACGGUGCUUCGAGGGUGACUGUUGUGGAUGUGUGCAGAGGGUCCCUGGUUCAAGCCCAGGUAGGGGCGAGGAGAGUUGAUUAUCAGUGGUCUUGAAUGUCUUCCAUUUCCUAAUAGUUGCUCCCACAGUUGAUUUCUUCAAACCAAGCUGCUUACCUAUUGUAGAUUCGGUCUUCCCAGCCUGGUGCAGGUCUACAAUUUUGUUUCUGGUGUCCUUUGACAGCUCUUUGGUCUUGGCCAUAGUGGAGUUUGGAGUGUGACUGAGGUUGUGGACAGGUGUCUUUUAUACUGAUAAGUUCAAACAGGUGCCAUUAAUACAGGUAACGAGUGGAGGACAGAGGAGCCUCUUAAAGAAGAAGUUACAGGUCUGUGAGAGCCAGAAAUCUUGCUUGUUUGUAGGUCACCAAAUACUUAUUUUCCACCAUAAUUUGCAAAUAAAUUCAUAAAAAAUCCUACAAUGUGAUUUUCUUGAUUUUUUUAUUCUCAAUUUGUCUGUCAUAGUUGACGUGUACCUAUGAUGAAAAUUACAGGCCUCUCAUCUUUUUAAGUGGGAGAACUUGCACAAUUGGUGGCUGACUAAAUACUUUUUUUCCCCCACUGUAUGUUGAGCAGGGUUUUGACAGUAAAGUUAUUCAUUAGCUAUCUGGACACUGAAUCCAACUGCUGAAGCUCUGUUCACCACCCGACAAAGUAUCACUAACUAACCAAUUACUGUCUAAUCAAGUACUGUCCAAAUAUGCAAAAAAUUACUAAUAAAGAUAGCUAGCUAACUUAUGGCUAACAUGACUUUAGCUACUUUUGGUUGUCAGCUCAAUUAGCUAGCUAUCUGUUGAAAAAACAAAGCUGGAUAGCUGAGUUAACAUUUUUUUCAAAUUUAUAGACGAUUGACAUAUGGAAUUUCUUCUUGAAAGAGGGUGAGAGAUGCAGCUCAGCAAACACAGAGAUGGUUGUUAUAUUUGCAGGAGUAAGUGAAUAGAUUUUGUGUGUGUGUUUACAAUACAAUGACUUAGCAUCUACAGUAGCUACAUAGAUGGGUUGGCUGACAACGUCACGAAAAUGAUGUGCACGCUUCCAUUGGGCAGAAGUUAGCCUGUUGUGAUUCUGGAUGGCCAGAUUGCCAGCAAGAAUGACACUGCCAUGUGGGGAAUCGUAAGUGGCUUAUUUCAGCAUGUUUCAUCUUGUUUUGACUGAAUUCAUGUCAAUGAAAAUAUGGCUAAAAUUCGAUAUCUAGCUAACCAACACCUGUAACUAUGUAUUUGAAACAACAAGUGGUCAUAGUGCAAAUGUAUUUGUUUUCAAUAAACAUUGGAGACUAAAUAUAGCUUACAUGUUGUCAACAAUCAAAGCCAACCUCAUCUGUUUUGCCCCAUGGUUGCACAAAUGUCUAUUUUGUUGCUAAGGCGACAGAGAACACAGGUAUUGUUGUUAGUGAAGGGUAAGACAGUUGAAUGUUAAUCAGGUUUAAGAUUGAGUGAACUGCUAAUAUCAUUAAGGAACAGAAAAGAUCCCAGAUUUUACCUUUAGCUCAAUUCAGGUAAACAUUAUUUGCCUGUUGUUCAAAUCACAUUUUAUUAGUCACAUACACGUGUUUAGCAGAUGUUAUAGCGGGUGUAGCGAAAUGCGUGUGUUUCUAGCUCUGACAGUGCAGUAAUAUCUAACAAGUAAUAUCUAACAAUUUCACAACAUAUACCCAAUACACACAUCUGAGUAAAUCAAUGGAAUUAAGAAUAUAUAAAUAAAUAUAUGGACGAGCAAUGACAGAGCGGCAUGGACUAAGAUACAGUAGAAUGUUAUAGAAUAGAAUACAGUAUAUACAUAUGAGAUGAGUAAUGCAAGAUAUGGAAACAUUAUUAAAGUGACUAGUGUUCCAUUUCUUAAAGUGGCCAGUGAUUUCAAUAGGCAGCAGCAGCCUCUAAUGUGCUAGUGAUGGCUAUUUAACAGUCUGAUGGCCUUGAGAUAGAAGAUGUUUUUCAGUCUCUCGGUCCCAGCUUUGAUGCACCUGUACUGACCUCGCCUUCUGGAUGAUAGCGGGGUGAACAGGCAGUGGCUCGAGUGGUUGAUGUCCUUGAUGAUCUUUUUGGCCUUCCUGUGACAUCGGGUGCUGUAGGUGUCUUGGAGGGCGGGUAGUUUGCCCCCGGUAAUGCGUUCAUCAGACCGCACCACCCUCUGGAGAGCCCUGCAGUUGCGGGCGGUGCAGUUCCCGUACCAGGCGGUGAUACAGCCCGACAGGAUGCUCUCAAUUGUGCAUCUGUAAAAAUGUGUAAGGGUUUUAGGUGCCAAGGCAAAUUUCUUCAGCCUCCUGAGGUUGAAGAGGUGCUGUUGCGCCUUCUUCAACACACUGUCUGUGUGGGUGGGCCAUUUCAGUUUGUCAGUGACGUGUACGCCGAGGAACUUGAAGCUGCGGUCCCGUCGAUGUGGAUAGGGGGGUGUUCCCUCUGCUGUUUCCUGAAGUCCAUGAUCAUCUCCUUUGUUUUGUUGAUGUUGAGUGAGAGGUUAUUUUCCUGGCACCACACUCCCAGAGCCCUCACCUCCUCCCUGUAGGCGGUCUCGUCAUUGUUGGUAAUCAAGCCUACGACUGUUGUGUGAUCUGCAAACUUGAUGAUUGAGUUGGAGGCGUGCUUGGCCACGCAGUCAUGGGUGAACAGGGAGUGCAGGAGGGGGCUGAACACGCACCCUUGUGGGGCCCCAGUGUUGAGGAUCAGCGAAGUGGGGGUGAUGUUUCCUACCUUCACCACCUGGGGGUGCCCGUCAGGAAGUCCAGGACCCAGUUGCACAGGUCGGGGUUCAGACCCAGGGCCUCAAGCUUAAUGAUGAGCUUGGAGGGUUCAAAGGUGUUGAAUGCUGAGCUAUAGUCAAUGAACAGCAUUCUUACAUAGGUAUUCCUCUUGUCCAGAUGGGAUUGUGCAGUGUGAUGGCGAUUGCAUCGUUUGUGGACCUAUUGGGGCGGUAAGCAAAUUGAAGUGGGUCUAGGGUGACAGGUAAGGUAGAGGUGAUAUGAUCCUUGACUAGUCUCUCAAAGCACUUCAUGAUGACAGAAGUGAGUGCAACGGGGCGAUAGUCAUUUAGUUCAGUUACCUUUGCUUUCUUGAGUACAGGAACAAUGGUGGCCAUCUUGAAGCAUGUGGGAACAGCAGACUGGGAAAGGGAGAGAUUGAAUAUGUCCAUAAACACACCAGCCAACUGGUCUGCACAUGCUCUGAGGACGCGGCUAGGGAUGCCGUCUGGGCCGGCAGCCUUGCGAGGGUUAACAUGCUUAAAUGUCUUAAUCACGUCGGCCAUGGAGAAGGAGAGGCCACAGUCCUUGGUAGUGGGCCUCGUCAGUGGCACUGUGUUAUCCUCAAAGCGGGCGAAGAAGGUGUUUAGCUUGUCUGGAAGCAAGACGUCGGUGUGGGGUUUGAAAACAGCAGCCCUUGUGUUCUGUGCCAGUAUUACCGAAUAUCCUGAUAUGGCACAAGUUCGGUAUGAAGGUAUGACAAUCUGGAUAUCGCCCAAGCCUAGUUAGCGGUUAUGUAUGAAGGUUUAGCUUGGAAUGUUUUUUUUGCCUUGUCACAGACACCUGUUGUGUUGUGCGUUGAAGUCCACAAGCGAAAGGAAAAGGUGAGAGGAGAGCGCGUAGAUGCGAGAAGGAAUUAUCCAACGAUCGAAGGGACCCGGCUACUAUGAAAGUGAACUGUGUUUGCGGGUGAUCAGGGAUUUAUUCGUUCAGUCUAUUCUGUUAAAACGUGUCUUAAACGGAAGUAAACGGGGAUAAAGUCUGCUAAAUGGCUUAUUAUUAUUAUUAUUAUUAUUAUUAUUAUUAUUAUAAACCUACCUGAAUUUGUCCAAUAGAAACUCUUGUUUGCAACUGUUGGACUAAUGAUUACAGCCUAGAUCAGCUAGAUGCAGGAAAGAGUGUGCAAGGCGGUAUAGAAUGUGUCACUGUCUUUCACCUUGAUUACUCCAAAUUGUUCACAACCUGUGCACCUACGUUAUAGGUUGUAGCAACCUUAUGAUGGGUAUACGGAACAUUUCAGUCUCAUAUACAGUGAGGGAAAAAAGUAUUUGAUCCCCUGCUGAUUUUGUAUGUUUGCCCACUGACAAAGAAAUGAUCAGUCUAUAAUUUUAAUGGUAGGUUUAUUUGAACAGUGAGAGACAGAAUAACAUCAACAAAAUCCAGAGAAACGCAUGUCAAAAAAUUUUAUAAAUUGAUUUUGCAUUUUAAUGAGGGAAAAUAAGUAUUUGACCCCCUCUCAAUCAGAAAGAUUUCUGUCUCCCAGGUGUCUUUUAUACAGGUAACGAGCUGAAAUUAGGAACACACUCUUAAAGGGAGUGCUCCUAAUCUCAGCUUGUUACCUGUAUAAAAGACACCUGUCCACAGAAGCAAUCAAUCAAUCAAUCAGAUUCCAAACUCUCCACCAUGGCCAAGACCAAAGAGCUCUCCAAGUAUGUCAGGGAGUGUCUCAAGAAGAAGCACAUUAAGGUCCUGGAGUGGCCUAGCCAGUCUCCAGACCUUAAUCCCAUAGAAAAUCUGUGGAGGGAGCUGAAGGUUCGAGUUGCCAAACGUCAGCCUCGAAACCUUAAUGAUUGGAGAAGAUCUGCAAAGAGGAGUGGGACAAAAUCCCUCCUGAGAUGUGUGCAAACCUGGUGGCCAACUACAAGAAACGUCUGACCUCUGUGAUUGCCAACAAGGGUUUUUCCACCAAGUACUAAGUCAUGUUUUGCAGAGGGGUCAAAUACUUAUUUCCCUCAUUAAAAUGCAAAUCAAUUUAUAACAUUUUGACAUGCGUUUUUGUUGUUAUUCUGUCUCUCACUGUUCAAAUAAACCUACCAUUAAAUGUAUAGACUGAUCAUGUCUUUGUCAGUGGGAAAACGUACAAAAUCAGCAGGGGAUUCCCUCACUGUAGUAGCCUAAACCUAUCGAUGUAACAUUGAGCUGAGUGAAUGGAAUAUGAAUGACAGGUUAUAUUGAGCUGGGUGAAUGGAAUAUGAAUGACAUGUUACAUUGAGCUGGGUGAAUGGAAUAUGAAUGACAUGUUACAUUGAGCUGGGUGAAUGGAAUAUGAAUGACAGGCAUUUAAUAAUAGAAAUGACGCCAUGCUCAUUCAAAAUGUCUGAACUCAUUAACUUCCCUAAUCUUAAAUGUCACCGACCGACACUGGAAAUAAUCAGUAGAAUACAUUCUAUCAAGAUGAUGGACUUGUGGAUUUUGUAUUAUUUUGAACAUGAAAAGUAAUGUAUAAAACAAUAUAUGAUCAUAGAAAUCUAUAGUAUGACGGAUAAAAUGUUUAAUGCAAUUUGUAAUCUGACCCUCUGAUAUCCAGGGAUGAAUGCAGCCGUCCGCGCUGUGACCCGCAUGGGGAUAUUUGUUGGAGCCAAGAUGUAUCUCAUAUACGAGGUACUAUUCUACAGUUCGUUACUGUCUUAACUUCGUUACCCUAUGUCUUAACGUUCGUUACCCUAUGUCUUAACGUUCGUUACCCUAUGUCUUAACGUUCGUUACCCUAUGUCUUAACGUUCGUUACCCUAUGUCUUAACGUUCGUUACCCUAUGUCUUAACGUUCGUUACCCUAUGUCUUAACGUUCGUUACCCUAUGUCUUAACGUUCGUUACCCUAUGUCUUAACGUUCGUUACCCUAUGUCUUAACGUUCGUUACCCUAUGUCUUAACGUUCGUUACCCUAUGUCUUAACGUUCGUUACCCUAUGUCUUAACGUUCGUUACCCUAUGUCUUAACGUUCGUUACCCUAUGUCUUAACGUUCGUUACCCUAUGUCUUAACGUUCGUUACCCUGUCUUAACGUUCGUUACUCUACGUCUUACAGUUCGUUACUCUACGUCUUACAGUUCGUUACCCUACGUCUUACAGUUCGUUACUGUCUUAACGUUCGUUACUCAAUGUCUUAAAGUUCGUUACUCUGUCUUACAGUUCGUUACCCUAAGUCUUACAGGUCGUUACCCUAAGUCUUACAGGUCGUUACCCUAAGUCUUACAGGUCGUUACCCUAAGUCUUACAGGUCGUUACCCUAAGGUACUCUAAGUCUUACAGGUCAUAGGCUUCUUUGUUUCCUUUAACUGACAAUAUCAUUAAUAUGACAAUAGGAUGUUCUGCUCCGUCAUGACCAGUAUUGAUCUGAUUGAUCGAUGUGAUUGAUGUUUCUCUCUCAGGGCUACCAGGGUCUGGUGGAUGGAGGGGACAACAUCAAGCUGGCCCACUGGCAGAGUGUCACCAACAUCAUACAGCAGGUAAUGGGACAACAUCAAGCUGGCCCACUGGCAGAGUGUCACCAACAUCAUACAGCAGGUAAUGGGACAACAUCAAGCUGGCCCACUGGCAGAGUGUCACCAACAUCAUACAGCAGGUAAUGGGACAACAUCAAGCUGGCCCACUGGCAGAGUGUCACCAACAUCAUACAGCAGGUAAUGGGACAACAUCAAGCUGGCCCACUGGCAGAGUGUCACCAACAUCAUACAGCAGGUAAUGGGACAACAUCAAGCUGGCCCACUGGCAGAGUGUCACCAACAUCAUACAGCAGGUAAUGGGACAACAUCAAGCUGGCCCACUGGCAGAGUGUCACCAACAUCAUACAGCAGGUAAUGGGACAACAUCAAGCUGGCCCACUGGCAGAGUGUCACCAACAUCAUACAGCAGGUAAUGGGACAACAUCAAGCUGGCCCACUGGCAGAGUGUCACCAACAUCAUACAGCAGGUAAUGGGACAACAUCAAGCUGGCCCACUGGCAGAGUGUCACCAACAUCAUACAGCAGGUAAUGGGACAACAUCAAGCUGGCCCACUGGCAGAGUGUCACCAACAUCAUACAGCAGGUAAUGGUGACCUAUAGUAGCUAAUGCACUCUGGGAUCAGGAGUCAUGAUCAGAGCCAUUUACAUGGGAUGGUCAAAAGACUGGGACCAGAAAUAGGCUCUGGCAUUUCUAACACACCGGCCCAUUUUCUUCCUUGAGGCCCCCAUUAUUACACAGAUCAUUAUAAUUGUGAAAAAAACAAAACAAGACCCAAUAUAAUUUUUUUGGCCAGAUGGCCAGUCCGCUCCUGGCUUGAGCUAAUCUUUUACUGUGAGGAAGGGAGAAAUAUUUGAAGUGAUCACCGACUGUCAGCAGGACAACAUGAUGAACUGUGUCUCUUCAACAUUCUUCAAUCUCUGGAUUAGUCCAUAUUGUUAUAGGCUUAUCUGCGCCCCUCGGGAGGCCCUUGGUUAACUAUUUAAAGGGUAGGAAGGGCCUCCCGAGGGGCGCAGCGGUCUAAGGCAUCGCAGUGCUUGGGGUGUCACUACAGCCCCGGGUUCGAUCCCAGGCUGUGCGGCGGCUGUUGGCCCAGCGUUGUCCGGGUUAGGGGAGGGUUUGGCUGGCCGGGAUUUCCUUGUCCCAUCGCGCUCUAGCAACUCCUUGUGGCGGGCCGGGCGCCUGCAAGCUGACUUCGGUUGCCAGUUGGACAGUGUUUCCUCCGACACGUUGGUUAAGCGAGCAGUGUGUCAAGAAGCAGUGCGGCUUGGCAGGGUCGUGUUUCGGAGGAUGCAUGGCUCUCGACCUUCGCCUCUCCCGAGUCCGUAGGGCAGUUGCAGCGAUGGGACAAGACUGUAACCAAUUUGAUAUCACGGAAAAAGAAAUAACAAAGGGUAGGGAGAUAGUUAUGUUUUUGGGUUAUUGCAUAUUUAUUAACUCAUUUCAGGAUAUCUUCUAAAAUACCCACAAUGCACUAUUUCUCAACGUCAUAUGGAGGAUCUACUCUGUGUUACGGAGUUUGUAUGCUUGCUCGGUAGCUAGCUUAAGCUAACAUUAGCCACUAACUAUGCUAGCAUGUAAUUACAUUCCAGACCAAGUGUAGGUGGUGGUGAGCUACAAUCAGGAAGUGUGAUGUAAACAAGAAGCAGAUGGGAGGUACAUGCGGCAAUGCAGCAUGCCCUUCACAGACUUUGUGGCUGUGUUAUCUAGUGGGAACGCAUUAACAAGGCAGGCUCUAGUUCCUUCUUCCCGUGAACUCAAAACUAAAGAGAAAAUCAUACCUGCUUGCUCUAAUUUUGUAGUACCUCAUCUGUUCUGUUCUUGUUUUUGUCAGAUGUUACUAUGGUAUACUGAAGUAUAAUUACAAGCAUUCCAUAAGUGUCAAAGGCUUUUAUUGACAAUUACAUUAAGUUUAUGCAAAGAGUCAAUAUUUGCAGUGUUGACCCUUCUUUUUCAAGACCUCUGCAAUCCGCCCUGGCAUGCUGUCAAUUAACUUCUGGGCCACAUCCUGACUGAUGGCAGCCCAUUCUUGCAUAAUCAAUGCUUGGAGUUUGUCAGAAUUUGUGGGUUUUAGUUUGUCCACCCGCCUCUUGAGGAUCGACCACAAGUUCUCAAUGGGAUUAAGGUCUGGGGAGUUUCCUGGCCAUGGACCCAAAAUGUCGAUGUUUUGUUCCCCGAGCCACUUAGUUAUCACUUUUGGCUUAUGGCAAGGUGCUCCAUCAUGCUGGAAAAGGCAUUGUUCGUCACCAAACUGUUCUUGGAUGGUUGGGAGAAGUUGCUCUCGGAGGAUGUGUUGGUACCAUUCUUUAUUCGUGGCUGUGUUCUUAGGCAAAAUUGUGAGUGAGCCCACUCCCUUGGCUGAGAAGCAACCCCACACAUGAAUGGUCUCAGGAUGCUUUACUGUUGGCAUGACACAGGACUGAUGGUAGCGCUCACCUUGUCUUCUCCGGACAAGGUGUUUUCCGGAUGCCCCAAACAAACGGAAAAGGGAUUCAUCAGAGAAAAUAACUUUACCCCAGUCCUCAGCAGUUUAAUCCCUGUACCUUUUGCAGAAUAUCAGUCUGUCCCUGAUGUUUUUCCUGGAGAGAAGUGGCUUCUUCGCUGCCCUUCUUGACACCAGGCCAUCCUCCAAAAGUCUUCGCCUCACUGUGCGUGCAGAUGCACUCACACCUGCCUGCUACCAUUCCUGAGCAAGCUCUGCACUGGUGGUGCCCCGAUGAAUCAACUUUAGGAGACGGUCCUGGCGCUUGCCGGACUUUCUUGGGCGCCCUGACGCCUUCUUCACAACAAUUGAACCUCUUUCCUUUAAGUUCUUGAUGAUCCGAUAAAUGGUUGAUUUAGGUGCAAUCUUACUAGCAGCAAUAUCCUUGCCUGUGAAGCCCUUUUUGUGCAAAGCAAUGAUGACGGCACGUGUUUCCUUGCAGGUAACCAUGGUUAACAGAGUUAGAACAAUGAUUUCAAGCACCACCCUCCUUUUAAAGCUUCCAGUCUGUUAUUCUAACUCAAUCAGCAUGACAGAAUGAUCUUCAGCCUUGUCCUCGUCAACACUCUCACCUGUGUUAACGAGAGAAUCACUGACAUGAUGGCAGCUGGUCCUUUUGUGGCAGGGCUGAAAUGCAGUGGAAAUGUUUUUCUGGGAUUAAAUUCAUUUUCAAGGCAAAGAGGGACUUUGCAAUUAAUUGCAAUUCAUCUGAACACUCUUCAUAACAUUCUGGAGUAUAUGCAAAUUGCCAUCAUAAAAACUGAGGCAGCAGACUUUGUGAAAAUUAAUAUUUGUGUCAUUCUCAAAACCUUUGACCACGACUGUAAUAAUAAUAAUAAUAAUAAUAAUAAUACAUAUGAGAUGAGUAAAGCAGUAUGUAAACAUUAUUAAAGUGACUAGUGUUCCAUUAUUAAAGUGGCCAGUGAUUCCAUGUCUAUGUAUAACACAUUAUUACACCACUACAUAUCUACAAUACAACACAUUAUUACACCACUACCACUACAUCUACAAUAACACAUAACACCAUACAUAUACAAUACAACACAGUUACACACUCAGCACAAAAAUACCACCACUACAGUAUCUACAAUACAACACAUUAUUACACCACUACAAUCACAAUACAACACAUAUUACACCACACACCACGACAUCUACAAUACAACACAUUAUUACACCACUACAUAUCUACAAUACAACACAUGUAUUACACCACUACAUACUACAAACAACACAUAGACACACACAUACACAAACAACACAUAUUACAAUCACACUACCACUACAUAUCUACAAUACAACACAUUAUUACACCACACCACCACUACAUAUCUACAAUAAACACAUUAUACACCACUACAUAUCUACAAUACACACAUAUUCACCACUACACUACAAUACAACAAUUAACACCACUACAUAUCUACAAUACAACACAUUAUUACACCACUACUCUACCACUACAUAUCUACAAUACAACACAUUAUUACACCACUACAUAUCUACAAUACAACACAUUACACCACUACAUAUCUACAAUACAACACAUUAUUACACCACUACAUAUCUACAAUACAACACAUUAUUACACCACUACUCUACCACUACAUAUCUACAAUACAACACAUUAUUACACCACUACAUAUCUACAAUACAACACAUUAUUACAUCACUACUCUACCACUACAUACACUAUCGUUCAAAAGUUUGGGGUCACUUAGAAAUGUCCUUGUUUUCGAAAGAAAAGCAAUUUUUUUGUCAAUUUAAAAUGACAUCAAAUUGAUCAGAAAUACAGUGUAGACAUUGUUAAUGUUGUAAAUGGCUAUUGUAACUGGAAACGGCAGAUUUUUAAUGGAAUAUCUACAUAGGCGUACAGAGGCCCAUUAUCAGCAACCAUCAGUCCUGUGUUCCAAUGGCACGUUGUGUUUGCUAAUCCAAGUUUAUCAUUUUAAAAGGCUAAUUGAUCAUUAGAAAACCGUUUUGCAAUUAUGUUGGAUGACAUAUCGCUGCAGAAUGCUGUGGUAACCAUGCUGGUUAAGGGUGUCUUGAAUUCUAAAUAAAUCACAGACAGUGUCACCAGCAAAGCACCCCCAUACCAUAACACCUCCUCCUCCAUGCUUUACGGUGGGAACUACACAUGCGGAGAUCAUCUGUUCACCCACACCGCGUCUCACAAAGACACGGCAGUUGGAACCAAAUAUCUCAAAUUUGGACUCCAGACCAAAGGACACAUUUCCACCGGUCUAAUGUCCAUUGCUCAUGUUUCUUGGCCCAAGCAGGUCUCUUCUUAUUAUUUGUGUCCUUUAGUAGUGGUUUCUUUGCAGCAAUUCGACCAUGAAGGCCUGAUUCACACAGUCCCCUCUGAACAGUUGAUGUUGAGAUGUGUCUGUUACUUGAACUCUGUGAAGCAUUUAUUUGGGCUGCAAUUUCUGAGGCUGGUAACUCUAAUUAACGUAUCCUCUGCAGCAGAGGUAACUCUGGGUCUUUCAUUCCUGUGGCGGUCCUCAUGAGAGCCAGUUUCAUCAUAUCGCUUGAUGGUUUUUGCGACUGCACUUGAAGAAACUUUCAAAGUUCUUGAAAUGUUCAGUAUUGACUGACCUUCAUGUCUUGAAGUAAUGAUGGACUGUUGUUUCUCUUUGCUUUUUUGAGCUGUUCUUGCCAUAAUAUGGACUUGGUCUUUUACCAAAUAGGGCUAUCUUCGGUAUACCACCCCUACCUUGUCACAACACAACUGAUUGGCUCAAGAAGGAAAGAAAUUCCACAAAUUAACGUUUAACAAGGCACACCUGUUAAUUGAAAUGCAUUCCAGGUGACUACCUCAUGAAGCUGGUUGAGAGAAUGCCAAGAGUGUGCAAAGCUGUCAUCAAGGCAAAGGGUGGCUAUUUGAAGAAUCUCAAAUAUAAAACAUAUUUUAAUUUGUUUAACACUUUUUUGGUUACUACAUGAUUCCAUUUGUGUUAUUUCAUAGUUUUGAUGUCUUCACUAUUAUUCUACAAUGUAGAAAAUAGUAAAACUAAAGAAAAGCCCUUGAAUUAGUAGGUGUGUCCAAACUUUUGACUGGUACUGUACAUUAUCAAGCAUUUCACACACGUACUGACUUAGCACUUGGUGGUCUAUAGCAGCUUCCCACCAGAAUGGGCUUUAGGUGAGGCAGGUGAACCUGUAGCCAUAUUACUUCAACAGCAUUUAACAUGAGAUCCUCUCUAAGCUUUACAGGAAUAUGACUCUGAAUAUAAACAGCAACACCUCCCCCAUUGGCGUUCCUGUCUCUUCUGUAGAUGUUGUAACCAUGUAUUGCUAUCAUAGAAGGUAUUAUCUAAGUGAGUUUCAGAGAUAGUCAGUAUAUGAAUGUUAUCUGUUACUAGCAAGUUACCAAUUUCUUGAACCUUGUUUCUUAAGCAGUGCCUUCAGAUGGUAUUCACUUUUUCCACAUUUUGUUACGUACAAAGUGGGAUUAAAAUUGAUUUAAUUGUCUUUUAUUAAUGAUCUACACAAAAUAUUCUGUAAAUUUCCAAGUGGAAGAAAAAUUAAUGUAAAGAAUUAAUGAAAAUAAAACCCUACUCUGUGUGUGUGUGUGUGUGUGUGUGUGUGUAUACUGUAUCUUGAUUAGAUAAGUAUUCAAACCUCUUAGUCAAUACAUGUUAGAAUCACCUUUGGCCGCGAUUUACAGCUGUGAGUCUUUCCACGCCAGGAUUGUGCAACAUUUGCCCAUUAUUCUUUUCAAAAUUCUUCAAGCUCUGUCAAAUUGGUUGUUGAUCGUUGCUAGACAAUCAUUUAAAAAUCAAAUUAAAUGUUAUUUGCCACAUGCGCCGAACACAACCGGUGUAGACCUUACAGUGAAAUGCUUACUUAACAAGCCCUUAACCAACAAUGCCGUUUUAAGAAAAAAAGUGUUAAGUAAAAAAUAGACAAGUAGAAAAAUAACAAAUAAUUAAAGAGCAGCAGUAAAAUAAAAUAAAAUAAUAAUAAUAAUAAUAAAAUAACAGUAGGGAAGCUAUAUACAGGGGGUACCGGUACCGAGUCAAUGUGCGGGGGCACCGGUUAGUCGAGGUAAAUGAGGUAAUAUGUACAUGUGGGUAGAGUUAAAGUAACUAUGCAUACAUAAUAAACAGAGUAGCAGCAGCAUAAAAGAGGGGGUGGGGGGGGGGGGGGGCAAUGCAAAUAGUCUGGGUAGCCAUGAUUAGGGUAGCUGGGUAGCCAUGAUUGGGCGGCAGGAGCCGACUAGGUGAAAAAUCUGUCGAUGUGCCCUUGAGCUAGGCACUUAACCGUAAUUGCUCCUGUAAGUCGCUCUGGAUAAGAGCGUCUGCUAAAUGACUAAAAUGUAAAUGUACUAUUGUAUUGUGGAGUAACUACAAUGUUGUUGAUCCAUCCUCAGUUUUCUCCUAUCGCUGUAACUGUUUUAAAGUCACCAUUGGCCUCAUGGUGAAAUCCCUGAGAGGUUUCCUUCCUCUCCGGCAACUGAGUUAGGAAGGAUGCCUGUAUCUUUGUAGUGACUGGGUGUAUUGAUGCACCAUCCAAAGUGUAAUUAAUAACUUCAAAGGGAUAUUCAAUGUCUGCUUUUUUAUUUACUUUUACAUAUCUACCAAUAGGUGCCCUUCUUUGCGAGUCAUUGGAAAACCUCCCUGGUCUUUGGUUGAAUCUGUGUUUGAAAUUCACUGCUCAACUGAGGGACCUUACAGAUAAUUGUAUGUGUGGGGUACAGAGAUGACGUAGUCAUUCAAAAAUCAUGUUAAACAUUAUUAUUGCAUACAGAGUGAGUCCACGCAACUAAUUAAGCAAAUGUUUCCUGUGCUCGUGCUCCAGGAUAGCAGGUUUUUGCCCCAGGAACCAAGACGUUUCUCACGAUAGAGCUGCCGAUGCUGACGGUGAAAUGGCUGUGGUUUAGGGGACCCUUCGAGGACUGAUGGGAGGUGGGGCCCGAUGGACCCGAGCCAGCCGUAGAAUCCAUCAUGGCUGAGGAAGGCGGAGUCUCAGACACCAUACGGAACCAGAAGGAGGAUUCCCCCUGGGAUGGAAACAGGGUAGAGGACGAUGGCACGGCAACCUCCGAGGUUGGCGAAGCUGUUUGAUGUCUGGAUUCCCAAAGCCAAAUAAUCACAAUCAGUUCACCAUUGACUGCUGGCGGGUGGCCUGGUUCCAUUACUGGAUAGCGGGAUCUGUGGCAUCCAGUAGCUCCAUGAGAAGAGGCAGUCCCAAAUCGGGAAAAUCCAAGCAGCUGUCUUCGUUAGUUUGAUGGCUAGCAGCUUAGCUAGCUAGCUAAGGUUUAGCGGCCCUGUCAAGCAUGCUUUAAACUGUCUUCCUGGACAAGAAAUAGCGGUCCUAGCUCUUAAAUGCUAACCGCGUCGCGGAAUCCGUGCAAAAACAAGUGCUGUAUUUAUAAUCUAACAGAUUGGCUACUUUUAGUCAAAAACAACAAACCGAGUAGCCAAAUGUUUCCAGCAUUCAGCUGCGCACUCUGAUUCAGUGUUGCUUGCUUCUAAGCAUAGAAGGAUUUGAACUUGUCUGGUUCGCGUCACUGAGAAAGCUUGCGGCUAGGCUCCCCUUUGUAAUCUGUGAUAGUUUGCAAGCCCUGCCACAUGACGCCCUGCCGGCGUAAUAGGAUUCGAUCUUAGUCCUGUGUUGACGUUUUUACUGUAUGAUGGUUCGUCGGAGGUCGUUGCGGGAUUUGUUACAAGCGGCCGAAUUCGUGUCCCGCUCUUUGAAAGUGGCAGCUCUAGCCUUUAGCUCAAUGCGGACUUUGCCUGUAAUCCAUGGCUUCUGGUUGGGAUAUGUACAUACGAUCACUGUGGGGACGUCGUCGUCAAUGCACUUAUUAAUGAAGCCGGUGACUGAUGUGGUAAACUCCUCCAAUGUUAUCGGAUGAAUCCCAGAACAUAUUCCAGUCUGUGCUAGAGAAACAGUCCUGUAGCUUAGUAUCCACUUCAUCGGAACACCUCCGUAUUGAGCUGGUACUUCCUGUUUUUGAGUUUUUGCUUGUAAGCAGGAAUCAGGAGGAUAGAGUUAUGGUCAGAUUUGCCAAAUGGAGGGCAAGGGAGCGCUUUGUAUGUGUUUCUAUGUGUGGAGUAAAGGUGAUCUAGAGUUGCACAGGUGACAUGCUUGUAAAAAUGAGGUAAGACGGAUUUCAGUUUCCCUGCAUUAAAAUCACCGGCCACUAGGAGUGCUGCCUCAGGAUGUGCAUUUUCUUGUUUGCGUGGAAUAUGGAACCAAAUACUACACUUUUUACUACUUUUAAUACACAUACUGUGAAUUUGUCAAUACUUUUGGUUCCCUAAAAGGGGGGAACUAUGUACAAAAAGUGCUGUAAUUUCGAAACGGGUCACCCGACAUGGAUGACAAUACUCUCAAAUUAAAGCUGACAGUCUGCACUUUAACCUUUUUUUUUAUUUUGUUGAUUUUGUACCUUUAUUUAACCAGGUAAGCCAGUUGAGAACAAGUUCUUAUUUACAACUGCGACCUGGCCAAUUUAAAAACAACAACACAGAGUUACAUAUGGGGUAAACGAAACAAACAGUCAAAAAAACAGGCUAUUUACACGAGGACACUACAGAACACACGACCGCACUGCUACGCCAUCUUGGAAACACCUCAUUUAGGGUUAGGGUUAGACCUCAGUCAUUGUAUUGUUUCAAAUCCAAAGUGCUGGAGUACAGAGUCAAAACAACAACAAAAAUGGUCACUGUCUCACUAUCCUCUGUUCUCUCCCUCCCUCCCUGUCUAGUUCUGCUUGUCAGAUGGUAAGUUCUUUCUGCAUGUGGUGCUGUAGCCUGUAGCGAUCACCAGUCUCAUCAGUAGAUAAAUAGCAGAGAUGUAAUUGUCGCGAUCUUAUGUUCUAAUGCAUUUUUUAACUCUUAUCAAUGUUUUAAAGCAGUCUAAUUCAGUGUUUGUGUGUGUGUGUGUAUUGUUGAAUGUUAUACAACGGGUGGUUCUGAUUUUGAAUGCUGAUUGGUUAAAACCGCAUUCCAGCCGGUGUCUGUUCCAAAAGUUACCACCGGCUAAAUCUAUGACGUUAAAAUGCUUAUUUACUCUGUUCCAUCUGACUGCACAAUCCACAGUCUCAUCAGCCCAGCCAGGCAAUUUAUAAACUUGAUCUUCACUAUAAAAAGCAUCUAGACAUUGUCUCACAUUUCUUUUAGACUAACAUUUAGUUUUCAACAGCGGAGAUUUGUAUAAACCUUGCUCUCUGUCUCUCCGACAUUUGCAACAUUGUUUCAAUAUUCAAAUUCGAUUUCCAGCUGUAAUGAAUGUUUCGGGAGCCGGGAUGAGACAGACAGACAGGCAGGCAACGUUUCUCAGCCAGUCGAAAUCAUGAAUCAGCUGGAAUGAUUUUUAUGGACACUGCGCAUUUGGAAAGUAUUCAGACCCCUUCCCUUUUUCCACAUUUUGUUACGUAACAGCCUUAUACUAAAAUUGAUUAAAUAAAUACAAAUCCUCAUCAAUCUACACACAAUACCCCAUAAUGACAAAGCGAAAAAAGUUUUUUUUUGUAAUUACAAAAUGAAAGUACCUUAUUUACAUAAGUAUUCAGACCCUUUGCUAUGAGACUCGAAAUUGAGCUCAGGUGCAUCCUGUUUCCAUUGAUCAUCCUUGAGAUGUUUCUACAACUUGAUUGGAGUCCACCUGUGGUAAAUUCAAUUGAUUGGACAUGAUUUGGAAAGGCCCACACCUGUCUAUAUAAGGUCCCACAGUUGACAAUGUAUGUCAGAGCAAAAACCAAGCCAUGAGGUCGAAGGAAUUGUCCGUAGAGCUCCGAGACAGGAUUGUGUCGAGGCACAGAUCUGGGGAAGGGUACCAAAACAUUUCUGCAGCAUUGAAGGUCCCCAAGAACACAGUGGCCUCCAUCAUUCUUAAAUGGAAGAAGUUUGGAACCACCAAGACUCUUCCUAGAGCUGGCCACCCGGCCAAACUGAACAAUCAGGGGUGAAGAGCCUUGGUCAGGGAGGAGACCAAGACAGAGUUCCUAUGUGGAGAUGGAGAACCUUCCAGAAGGACAACAAUCUCAGCAGCACUCCACCAAUCAGGCCUUUAUGGUAGAGUGGCCAGACGGAAGCCACUCCUCAGUAAAAGGCACAUGACAGCCCGCUUGGAGUUUGCCCAAAGGCACCUAAAGGACUCAGACCAUGAGAAACAAGAUUCUCUGGUCUGAUGAAACCAAGAUUGAACUCUUUGGCCUGAAUGCCAAGCGUCACGUCUGGAGGAAACCUGGUACCAUCCCUAUGGUGAAGCAUGGUGGUGGCAGCAUCAUGCUGUGGGGAUGUUUUUCAGCGGCAGGGACUGAGAGACUAGUCAGGAUCGAGGGAAAGAUGAACGGAGCAAAGAACAGAGAGAUCCUUGAUGAAAACCUGCUCAGGACCUCAGACUGGGGCGAAGGUUCACCUUCCAACAGGACAACAACCCUAAGCACACAGCCAAGACAACGCAGGAGAGGCUUCGGGACAAGUCUCUGAAUGUCCUUGAGUGGCCCAGCCACAGCCUGGACUUGAACCCGAUCGAACAUCUCUGGAGAGACCUGAAAAUAGCUGUGCAGCGACGCUCCCCAUCCAACCUGACAGAGCUUGAGAGGAUCUGCAGAGAAGAAUGGGAGAAACUCCCCAAAUACAGGUGUGCCAAGCAUGUAGCGUCAUACCCAAGAAGACUCAAGGCUGUAAUCGCUGCCAAAGGUGAUUCAACAAAGCACUGAGUAAAGGGUCUGAAUACUUAUGUAAAAAUGUUUUUAUUUUUAUUAUAUACAUUUGCAACCAUUUCUCUAAACCUGUUUUUGCUUUGUCAUUAUGGGGUAUUGUGUGUAGAUUGAGGGGGGGGGAAACUAUUCAAUCCAUUUUAGAAUAAGGCUAUAACGUAACAAAAUGUGGGAAACGUCAAGGGAUCUGAAUACUUUCCAAAUGCACUGUAUAUAGAAAUAUCAAUUGAAAGAAGGUAAAACGAAGUGCAGCUAGUUUCUUUCCAGCUUCAGUUUGAAGUGAUUGUGUUAGCUGUGUUGUUGGCUAGUUCCUCUGACGAGAGAGCACAUUUUCUAUGCCAGGCGAAAUCGCGCCACAUUAGCUCAUUGUUAUGGAUUUAUCCAAAUGUCACUAGAAAACAGCUUAAACAAAUGCAGCUUCUGUUGUUAUUCUGGCUGCACUGUUUGACGUGACUGUAAGUUAGCCAUAGUUGGCUAGCUAGCAAGCAAGGGAUAAGAACGUUGCCAGCCAGUAUGGAAAUGGAACAUUUAGAACGAACAGAUACAGAACAAAAAGACUGAACGACUGGGUCGCGUCCAUAGAUACAGAACAAAAAGACUGAACGACUGGGUCGCGUCAAUAGAUACAGAACAAAAAGACUGAACGACUGGGUCGCGUCUCUGCCGAACCAAUAGAACGAACAAUCAGCUGGCUUUGGUAGCAACCCUAGAUUUGUGUCGGGACUAUAUCUUGUUGAAGGAUGAAAUAGUAUGAAUAAAUUAAUCCAAAUAACGUUUUUAAUGAAAACUUGUACAUUAUUAUUUGAAUAUGAUGGUAACCCGUUGUAUAAAUGAGAUGAUGCCCUCAAAGCCGGUGUUUGGAGGACUUCGACCCGUGCCAGUAUAUCCUCCAAACACCGGCUUCUCGGGCAUUAUCACUUAACUGUUUGUUCUCAGAGUUGCUGUAUGAAGACUGUUUGAGAUGUCCCUCCCUUGCCUGUUCAGCUCCUGUCCUGUUAUUAAUGUGUGGGUCUACUGCUUUGCAUUGCAAUGGUACAAUCCAUUGCUAUGCAGUUGUUAACUCUUAGUCUGCAAUGCUAUUUCUGAUUUCAAAGCGCUGCAUGGUCAAUCCGACGUCCUGCAUUAAGGUGAUACGGCCUCUGCAGAAGUCAGGACAUUCAUACUUCUUGCAGAGCAGAGAUGUUGUGUUUAUACAGGCCCUCCCGCCCCCCACCUACCGUCAACAAAUCAUGUCAAUGCGGAGCUAUACGGAGUUCCGCAUUUUGCAACAUUUGGAAGGCGCGCAGCGGUACGGAUUUGGCCUCCGCGUGCCUCCGGAUUGCCUCACACCCUCCAUAUGGAGCCACAGACCACAUUUUCAGAUCAAGCAUGAAUUGGCUUUAAGAAAUGCAGCCUGUACAAUUUAGCUAGCUAGACAAACACCAACAACACAGCAUCAAUUGGCUUUUAGUGUGGAGCUGUGACAUGUAACUAUAGCUACCUCAGCCCUACUAAAUAUAUCUGCCGGUGCUUUGUUGAGUAUUUGCUGUUUCUGUGUUCUGAAUCUCGUUUUUCUAUGCUGUAAUCUAUGGUAUAACAUUCCAUCUCAUCAAUGCUGGUGGAGAGGGAGAGAGAGAGACUACUUAAGAUCACACAGGCCACCAGAUAAGACAGGAGAUUUACACCAGAUAGGACAGAUUGACCCUAACUCCCCGGCACAUAGACUACUGCAGCGUAGAUACUGGAGACUGUCUGUGAUUCAGUCUGUGACUGUCUUGUCUGUUGUCUCUCCCUCAGGGUGGCACGGUGAUCGGCAGUGCUCGCUGUAAGGCCUUUACCACGCGGGACGGUCGCCUGGCAGCAGCCUUUAACCUGGUGAAGAGAGGCAUCACCAACCUCUGUGUGUGUGGAGGAGACGGCAGCCUCACCGGAGCCAACAUCUUCAGGACUGAGUGGAGUGGACUGCUGGCUGAACUGGUACAGAAAGGUAACGCGCUCUUAAAGCAGUGACUCAUUCUGUAAUAAACACAUUAUGCUUUAUACUUCCUUGGCUUUUCCCAGUCAUUUCACCAUAUUUUUUAAAGGAUAUUAGGAUAUGGCAUCCAGUAUUUUUUACACUGACUACAGUGUGUUAGCUUGUCUGUGGGUUAGCUUGUCAGUGUGUUAGCUUGUCAGUGUGUUAGCUUGUCAGUGUGUUAGCUUGUCAGUGUGUUAGCUUGUCUGUGGGUUAGCUUGUCAGUGGGUUAGCUUGUCAGUGGGUUAGCUUGUCAGUGGGUUAGCUUGUCAGUGUGUUAGCUUGUCAGUGUGUUAGCUUGUCUGUGGGUUAGCUUGUCUGUGGGUUAGCUUUCUGUGGUUAGCUUGUCUGUGGGUUAGCUUGUCUGUGGUUAGCUUGUCAGGUGUUAGCUUGUCAUGUGUUAGCUUGUCAGUGUGUUAGCUUGUCAGUGUGUUAGCUUGUCAGUGUGUUAGCUUGUCAGUGUGUUAGCUUGUCAUGUGUUAGCUUGUCUGUGUGUUAGCUUGUCUAUGUGUUAGCUUGUCAGUGUGUAGCUUGUCUGUGUGUUACAGUUGUCUGUGUGUCCUCCAGGUCGGAUCACAGACACCCUAGCGAAACAGCAUAAUCACCUGAACAUCGUAGGGCUGGUUGGAUCUAUAGACAACGACUUCUGUGGGACAGACAUGACGAUAGGAGCUGACUCCGCCCUGCAUCGCAUCAUGGAGAUAGUGGAUGCCAUCACCACCACAGCACAGAGGUACACACAGCUUCGUUAGUCAUUCAGCAGACGUUCUGAUCCAGAGAGACUCAGUUAGUGCAUUCCUUUUCAGAUAGCUAGGUGGCACCACCACAUGGGUCUUUCUAGAAAUAAUGUGGCCAUGUGUAAAAAAAAGAAAGCAGCCACUUUUCGAAUAAUUAUGUUUUUAGGCCUUGCCAAUGCAUGGAUAUUCAAAUUAUUAUUACAUUCUAAAAUAUGUGAGAAUAUGGACUUGCCUGACUAAAUACAUUAUUUAAAACAUUUUAUGAGGUGAGCCAUGCGAUAAAAAGAAAAAAGAAUAAUAACAUUAUAAAAUAAAAGUUGUACCCCUUGUAAUAAUACUAAACACAUUUUUUUGGGACAGAAUAUCUAAAAAAGGUAUAAUCUUGGUAAAUGAUAUCAUCGGUAGGACUGGUGGAGUUAUAGACAGCCGUCCCAUAUAGAUUGCAAAAUAGUUGGGAAGAGAUUUUUGACGUACCGAUUCCAUGGCAUAGUGUUUAUGAACUGACACGCAAAACGACUCCGGAUUCAAAACUUUGAAUUGUUCAAUUUAAAUGAUUAUAUAAAAUUCUUGCUACCAAUAGAAUGUUAUUUAUAUGGGGGAUACAAUCUUCCCAGCUCUGCAGAUUUGGCUGUGAAGAGACAGAAUCAUUAGAUCAUUUGUUUUGGUUCUGUCCAUUUGUAGCUUGUUUUUGGUCACAGGUCCAGGAAUGGCUGAAGGAUUGCAAUAUUUACCUGGAGCUAACCCUGCAGAUAGCACUACUGGGUGAUCUGAAAAGUCAUAGUCAAUCGAUCAAUAAUAGAAUAAUACUUUUAGCAAAAAUGUUUUAUUUUUAAUUCACAAUCUGUAGAAGCAAUGAGAAUAGAAAGGUUCAGAACUUUUGUAAAACAUCACAGUACGGUUGAAAAAUAUAUGGCAAAUAGAAAUCCAACAUGGAUAUGAGAGAAGAAAAAACCAUAUGGGGGAUUGGAAGUAAUGCAGACAAUUACAUUGAUGGAAGUUACAAUCUAUCUGCAAUAUUAAAGUUGAUCUACCCCCUAAUAAAUAAAUAAAUAAUAAUAAUAACCAACCCACUUAGAAGUGUUUACUUCAGGCUGACUACUAUCAUCUAUUGAGUUGCAACGUCCCAUAAAUUGAAUGUCCACUUUAAAUUGAAUACUUAAAGUAUCUACAAAAUGAGUUUUGCAGCGACAUAAUUCAAAAGGAAGGCUACAGAUUGUUUCCUUUUACUGUUUGCAAAUGAUUAUUUUGAUUCCCAUGAUUCAAUUCACCGCGAUCUAACCAAACCCAAACUACUACAAUGGCGAAGCACAUCAUUCAGUUAGUCAAUGUAUCUGCUAUCAUUUCUUAUAACCGACAAUAACUUUUGAACAUCAGAUCGGCAUUUACUUAACUAAAUUCCGGCUUCAAUUUACAGUUACUUGAUAAUAAGACAGAUGAUCGUGGAUUUGCUACCAACGGGACUCUCGUAACUGCAAUAUUCUCUGUUUUCUGAAACAUGGCCUUCGGAGAAGAUACCCCCCCAUGGCUAUCCAACACAAUGGAUUUUCCAUUCACCAAGUGGACAAAACAGUGGAGUCAGGGAAAUAGAGAGGGGGAGGGGUUUGCCUCUUCAUCAACGACAAAUGGUGUUCUGACUCGAGUGCAGUGGAUGUCUCUACCCAUUGUUCACCCGUCUUGGAAUACCUGAUGGUCAAAUGCUGACCCUUCUACCUCCCGGGGAGUUUUCAGCUGUUAUCGUGACUGUUGUAUACAUUCCACCUCAGGACAAGAAAUAUAACAAGCUGGUGAACUAUAUGAGGCUCUAAACAAGCAGGAAAUGUUGUUGACGGCAAUUUUAAUUCCGCAUCAUUAAGACACGUUGUGCCCAACUUCCAUCAACACUUCUCCCUCGCCACUAGGGGCGAUGAACUCAUAGACCACUGUUACUCUACCCACAAGCAAGCAUACAAGACCCUCCCUCGUCCUCCAUUCGGCAGAUCAGAUCAUGACUCCAUACUCCUGCUUUCCUGUUUACGAGCAGACGCUCAAACAGGAAGUACCUGUGACUCGCUCUGUUGAGAAAUGGUCUCCAGAAUCGGAGGUUAUGCUACAGGACUGCUCUGCUAGCUCUGACUGGAAUAUGUUCCGAGACUCCCCCAACAACAUCGACGCGCUAACCACCUCCGUCACAAGCUUCAUUAGGAAAUGCAGCGUUGACGAUGUUCCCCACAGUAAUGGUUUGCUGCUUCCCCAAUCAAAGCUAAAGGACAGGGCUACCGCACAAAGGACAACCCUGAGAUUAUGGCUGAGGACAGGAACAAGUGCAAGAAGUCCACAUUACGACCACUCCAGACUCAUCAAACGAGCAAAAGGAUAAUAUAGGAAUAAGGUGGAAUCAUAUUAGACAGCUCUGACGCAGCAUGUGGCAGUCAAUUACAGAUUACAAAGGAAGACCCAGCUGUGAUCUGCCCAACGAUGCCUAUCUACCAGACGAACUCGAUGCAUUUUAUGCACGCUUCGACAAUAACAACCCCGUACCGUGCGUGAGGGCCCCCACCGACCCAGAGGACUGGGUGAUCUCGCUCUCAGAGGCCGGCUUGAGUAAGGUCUUUAUUCAGGUGAACACUUGCAAGGCGGAGGGGCCAGACAGUAUGCCUGGGUGCAUUCUCAGAGCAUGCGCAGAACAGCUGGCACAAUAUGGACAAUAACAACAUAGAACAAGACAUAGCAUACAGACAUAGCAACAUAGGACAAACAAGACGUAGCAUACAGACCGAGCAACAUAGAACAAAAAGCAGCAAGACAAAAUUCAUAAAAGCAACAAAAUGUUUCCACACCUCACAAGUUACAGACAACAGACAUGGAAAGCGGCAACACACAGCUAGGGACCAUGUUCACAAAUCUGAUUGACCUUUAGCCAUGUCUUCAAGCAUUUUGUGAAAGUGUGAUAUGUGGUGCAGUUGUGUGUGUCUGAUGGCAGUGUAUUCCAGACAUGGGAAGCUCUCACAGAAAAAGCAGAUUUACUAAAGGUGCUUUUCCUUAGGGGAACUACACAGUCACCUCUCAUGGCAGACCUUGUGGAUCUGCUGCCAUAUGUUUGGUUUUUCUGUUUAACAAAAAUACUGAGUGGAGGGGGAGCCAAGCCAUUUAGGAUCUUGAAUACAAGACAUGCAUCGGUGUAUUGCACAAGAUUUGUAUUCACGGGUAUUUUCCAACCUCUCCUUGUCCCAGUCUGUAGUCCCCACAUGUCUUAAGAUGACCACCAUCAUUCCUGUUCCAGAACUCUAAUGCUUCAUGCCACAAUGACUACUGCCCCAACAGAUCCAUAGACGACGCAAUCUCAAUUGCACUUCACACGGCCCUCACCCAUCUAGAUAAGAGGAAUAGCGAUGUGAGAAUGCUGUUCAUUGACUACAGUUCAGCGUUCAAGCUUAGGACCCUGGGACUGAACACCUCCCUCUGCAACUGGAUCCUGGACUUCCUGACGGGCCACCCCCAGGUGGUGAGAGCAGGCAACAUCACACCUGCCACGCUGACCCUAAACACGGGGGCUCCUCAGGGGUGUGUGCUUCAGUAGAGGCUGGUGGAAGGAGCAAUAGGAGGGGCUCAUUGUAAUGGCUGGAAUGUAAUAAAUGGAUCGAAGUCAAACGUGGUUUCUGUAUGUUUGAUACCGUUUCAUUGGUUCCAUUCCAGCCAUUACAAUGAGCCCCUCCUCCUAUAACCCCUCCUCCUAUAGCCCCUCCUCCUAUAGCCCCUCCUCCUAUAGCCCCUAUAGCCCCUCCUCCUAUAGCCCCUCCUCCUAUAGCCCCUCCUCCUAUAGCCCCUCCUCCUAUAGCCCCUCCUCCUAUAGCCCCUAUAGCCCCUCCUCCUAUAGCCCCUCCUCCUAUAGCCCCUCCUCCUAUAGCCCCUCCUCCUAUAGCCCCUCCCACCAGGCUCCUCUGGUGUGCUUGGUCCCCUCCCGUACUCCCUGUUCACGCACGACACCAACACCAUCAUCAAGUUCACUGACGACAUGACGGUGGUAGGGCUGAUCACCGACGGCAAUGAGUCAGACUACAUGGAGGAGGUCAGAGACUUAGCAGUGUGGGGCCGAGCACGCCCCCAUCCACAUCAAAGGGGCUGCAGUGAGGCAGGUCGGAGCUUCAAGUUCCUCGGUGUCCAAAUCACUAAGGACUUCAAAUGGUCCAAACACACACACGCACAGUAGUGAAGAAUGCGUGACAGCGCCUCUUCCCCCUCAGGAGGUGUAAAAUGUUUGGCAUCCUCAUAAAGUUCUACAGCUGCACCAUUGAGAGCAUCUUUACUUGCUGCAUCCCUGCUUGGUAUGGCAACAGCACCGCCUUCAAUCGCAUGGCGCUACAGCGGGUGGUGCGGACAACCCAGUACAUCACUGGGGCCGAGCUCCCUGCCAUCAAGGACCUCUAUAUCAGGCGGUGUGACAGGAAGGUCGGGAAAAUCGUUCAAGACUCCAGCCAUCCAAGCCAUAGACUGUUCUCUCUGCUUCCGCACGGCAAGAGGUACCGGAGCAUCAAGUCUGACACCAACAGGGUCCUGAACAGCUUCUAUGGUCCUCUGUAGCUCUGACACCAAUAGGGUCCUGAACAGCUUCUCUGGUCCUCUGUAGCUCAGCUGGUAGAGCACGGCGCUUGUAACACCAGGGUAAUGGGUUCGAUCCCCGGGACCACCCAUACGUAAAAAUGUAUGCGCACAUGACUGUAAGUCGCUUCGGAUAAAAGCGUCUGCUAAAUGGCAUUAUUAUUAUUAUUAUUAUAUCCCCAAGCAAUAACACUGCUAAAUAGUUAACAAAAUGGCUACACGGAUGAUCUUGUUUUUUUAUUUUUGCACUGUCUCUAUGCAGGGCCCUACACACUCACACACACACUCACACACACUGACACUCCAACACACACACGCGCACACACACACACUCCAUUUGCUCACACACACAUUUAUACUGACUCUACACACACACUCACAUACUAUCAUCAUAUACGCUGCUGCUACUCUGUUUAUCUUAUAUCCUGAUGCCUAGACACCUUACCCCUAUACAUAUCUACCUCCAUCACUCCAGUAUCCCUGUCACCUUACCCCUAUACAUAUCUACCUCCAUCACUCCAGUAUCCCUGUCCCCUUACCCCUAUACAUAUCCACCUCCAUCACUCCAGUAUCCCUGUCCCCUUACCCCUAUACAUAUCUACCUCCAUCACUCCAGUAUCCCUGUCCCCUUACCCCUAUACAUAUCUACCUCCAUCACUCCAGUAUCCCUGCACAUUGUUAAUAUGAACUGGAACUGACCCUGUAUAUAUCCCCUACCCCUAUACAUAUCUACCUCCAUCACUCCAGUAUCCCUGCACAUUGUUAAUAUGGUACUGGAACUGACCCUGUAUAUAGUCCCCUUACCCCUAUACAUAUCACCUCCAUCACUCCAGUAUUCCCUGCACAUGUUAAUAUGGUACUGGACCUGACCCCUGUAAUAUAUCCCCCUAACCACCCCUAUACUACCUACAUCACUCCAUCACUCCAGUAUCCCUGUCCCCUUACCCCUAUACAUAUCUACCUCCAUCACUCCAGUAUCCCUGCACAUUGUUAAUAUGGUACUGGACUGACCCCGUAUAUAGUCCCCUACCCUAUACAUAUCAACCUCCAUCACUCCAGUAUCCCUGUCCCCUUACCCCUAUACAUAUCUACCUCCAUCACUCCAGUAUCCCUGUCCCCUUACCCCUAUACAUAUCUACCUCCAUCACUCCAGUAUCCCUGUCCCCUUACCCCUAUACAUAUCUACCUCCAUCACUCCAGUGUCGCUGUCCCCUUACCCUAUACAUAUCUACCUCCAUCACUCCAGUAUCGCUGUCCCCUUACCCUAUACAUAUCUACCUCCAUCACUCCAGUAUCCCUGUCCCCUUACCCCUAUACAUAUCUACCUCCAUCACUCCAGUAUCCCUGCACAUGUUAACUAGGUAUUGAACUGACCCUGUAUAUGUCCACCUACCCCUAUACAUAUCACCUCCAUCACUCCAGUAUCCCUGCACAUUGUUAAUAUGGUACUGGAACUGACCCUGUACAGGUAUGUAUGACUGAGUAUGUGUAUGACUGUGUAUGUCAGUAUACAGUGCAUUCGGAAAGUAUUCAGACCCCUUUACUUUUUCCACAUUUUGUUACGUUGCAGUCUUAUUCUAAAAUGGAUUAAAUUGUUAUUUUUUCCUCAUCAAUCUACACACAAUACAGUAUGUACAUGUAGGUAGGGGUAAAAGUGACUAGUCUAUCAGGAUAGAUAAUAAACAGAGUAGCAGCAGUGUUGGUAGUUGAGGUAAUAUGUACAUGUAGGUAGGGGUAAAAGUGACUAGUCAAUCAGGAUAGAUAAUAAACAGAGUAGCAGCAGUGUGUGUGAGAAGCGUAAGUUCAGUUCUUAAGUUCUAUGACAACAUUAAUGUGGUUUGUACUAUAAUGCUUUUUAAAUCAGUUCUGAUUAUGAAGUUUUUUUUUUACAGCCACCAGCGUACAUUUGUCCUGGAAGUCAUGGGGCGCCACUGUGGGUAAGUUAAGUUCCGCUACGUUAAUGUUGUGGUAACUUCUCUAAAACAGGCUAUUCCAUUGCAUUAACGUUCUCUCUCUCUGCAGGUAUCUAGCGUUGGUGUCAGCGCUGGCUUCCGGAGCAGACUGGCUCUUCAUCCCAGAGGCUCCACCAUUAGAGGGCUGGGAGGACCACAUGUGUGCCCGUCUGGAGCAUGUGAGACUGGGGCUGGGAAUAGUUCGAUGUCCUGUCCUGUCCUGUUCUAUCCUGUUCUGUCCUGUCCUGUUCUGUCCUGUCCUGUCCUGUUUUGUUCUGUCCUGUCCUGUUUUGUCCUGUCCUGUUCUAUCCUGUUCUGUUCUAUCCUGUCCUGUCCUGUCCUGUUCUAUCCUGUUCUGUUCUAUACUGAACAAAAAUAUAAACGCAACAUGCAACAAUUUCUAAGAUAGUACGGAGUUACAUAUUCAUAUAAGGAAAUCAGUCAAUUGAAAUAAAUAAAUUAGGCCCUAAUCUAUGGAUUUCACAUGACUGGGCAGGGGCGCAGCCAUUGGUGGGCCUGGGAGGACUAGGUCCACCCACUUGGGAGCCAGGCCCAACCAAUCAGAAUGAGUUUUUCCCCCACAAAAGGUCUAUAUUACAGACAGAAAUACUCCUUAAUAUAGAUUUUAGAGGUACCUUUUAUUGUCCCCAGCACAAGACCUGUGUAAUGAUCAGCUUCUUGAUAUGCCACACCUGCCAGGUGGAUGGAUUAUCUUGGCAAAGGAGAAACGCUCACUAACAGGGAUGUAAACAAAUGUGGCCCAACAUUUGCGAGAAAUGAGCUUUUGUGCGUCUGGAAAAUGUCUGGGAUUUUCUUUUUCAGAUGAUAGUAAUAAUAUAAUAACAUGCCAUUUAGCAGACGCUUUUAUCCAAAGCCACUUACAGUCAUGUGUGCAUACAUUUGUUUUACGUAUGGGUGGUCCCGGGGAUCGAACCCACUACCCUGGCGUUACAAGCGCCAUGCUCUACCAAUUGAGCUACAGAGGACCGUGAAACAUGGGACCAACACUUUAUGUCAGUGCUGCCCAGCCCUCUUCCUGGACAUCUACCGUCCUGUAGGUUUUCAGUCCAACCCUAAUUUAGCGUAUCUGAUUCAGCUAGUUAAGGUCUUGUUGAGCUGCUAAUAAGUAGAAUCAGGUGUGUUUAAAUUAGGGUUGGACUGGAAAACCCACAGGACAGUAGAUCUCCAGGAAGUGGAAUGGGCAGCCAGGUUUACGUCAAUCAAAUUUCAAUCAAAUGUAUUUAUAAAGCCCUUUUUACAUCAGCAGAUGUCACAAAGUGCUAUACAGAAACCCAGCCUAAAACCCCAAACAGCAAGCAAUGCAGAUGUAGAAGCACGGUGGCUAGGAAAAACACUGUGGCCCCGUCCGACGAUACCCCCGGAUAGGGCCAACCAGGCAGGAUAUACCCCCACCUAUGUUUCCAAAGCACAUCCCCCACACCACUAGAUGGAUAUCAACAGACCACCAACUUCCUACCCUGAGAUAAGGCUGAGUAUAGCCCACAGAGACCUCCUUCACCACACAAGCCCGAGGGGGCACAAGACCGGACAGGAAGAUCACGUCAGUGAUUCAACCCUCUCAAGUCGAGUGUAGCGCAAAAAACCCUGGCACGACGUGACAGACCCCUCCUAGAGACGGCAUGGAAAGCACCAGUAAGCCAGUGACUCAGCCCCCGUGAUUGGGUCAGAGGCAGAGAAUCCCAGUGGAGAGAGGGGAGCCGGCCAGGCAGAGACAGCAAGGGCGGUUCGUCGCUCCAGUGCCUUGCCGUUCACCUUCGCACCCCUGGGCCAGACUACACUCAAUCAUAGGACCUACUGAAGAGAUGAGUCUUCAGUAAAGACUUAAAGGUCGAGACCGAAUCUGCGUCUCUCACAUGGAUAGGCAGACCAUUCCAUAAAAAUGGAGCUCUAUAGGAGAAAGCCCUGCCUCCAGCUGUUUGCUUAGAAAUUCUAGGGACAAUAAGGAGGCCUCGUCUUGUGACCGUAGCGUACGUGUAGGUAUGUACGGCAGGACCAAAUCAGAGAGAUAGGUAGGAGCAAGUUGCAAUGUUACAAAGAUGGAAAAAAGCUGCCCUUGAAAUAUUCUUGAUAUGUUCGUCAAAAGAGCGAUCAGGAUCCAGAGUAACGCCGAGGUCCUUCACAGUUUUAUUUGAGACAACCAUCAACAUUAAUUGUUAGAUAAAACAGCAGAUCUCUUUGUUUCUUGGGACCUAGAACUAGCAUCUCUGUUUUGUCUGAGUUUAAAAGUAAAACAUUUGCCGCCAUCCACUUCCUUUAUGUCUGAAACACAGGCUUCCAGGGUGGGCCAUUUUGGGGAUUCACCAUUUCAUCAAAAUGUACAGCUGUGUGUCGUCCGCAUAGCUGUGGAAGUUGACAUUGUGUUUCCGAAUGACAUCACCAAAAGGUACAAUAUGUAGUGAAAACAAUAGUGGUCCUAAAACGGAACCUUAAGGAACACCGGAACUAACAAUUGAUUUGUCAGAAGACGAACCAUCCACAAAGACUGAUUCAUUCCCCUUUGGGUUUUCCUAUUUUGUUGCAUUACAACCUGUAUUUGAAAUGGAUUUUAAUGUAAUUUCAUGUAAUCGACAUACACAAAAUAGUCCAAAUUGGUGAAGUGAAAUGAAAAAAAUAACUUUAAAAAAAUAUAUAUAUAUAUAAUGGAAAAGUGGUGGGUGCAUAUGAAUUCACCCCCUUUGCUAUGAAGCCCCUAAAUAAGAUCUGGUGCAACCAAUUACCUUCAGAAGUCACAUAAUUAGUUAAAUAAAGUCCACCUGUGUGCAAUCUAAGUGUCACAUGAUCUCAGUAUACAUACACCUGUUCUGAAAGGCCCCAGAGUCUCACGGACCAGGCAAGGAGGGCAUUAAUCAGAGAGGCAACAAGGAGACCAAAGAUAACCCUGAAGGAGCUGCAAUGUUCCACAGCGGAGAUUGGAGUAUCUGUCCAUAGGACCACUUUAAGCCGUACACUCCACAGAGCUGGGCUUUACGGAAGAGUGGCCAGAAAAAAGCCAUUGCUUAAAGAUAAAAUAAGCAAACACAUUUGGUGUGGGAGACUGCCAAAAGGCAUGUGGGAGAUCAAGGAAAACGCUAUGUCUGGCGCAAACCCAACACCUCUCAUCACCCCGAGAACAUCAUCCCCACAAUUAAGCAUGGUGGUGGCAGCAUCAUGCUGUGGGGAUGUUUUUCAUCGGCAGGGACUGGGAAACUGGUCAGAAUUGAAGGAAUGAUAGAUGGUGCUAAAUACAGGGAAAUUCUUGAGGGAAACAUGUUUCAGUCUUCCAGAGAUUUGAGACUGGGACGGAGGUUCACCUUCCAGCAGGACAGUGACCCUAAGCAUACUGCUAAUGCAACACUCAAGUGGUUUAAGGGGAAACAUUGAAAUGUAUUUGAAUGGCCUAGUCAAAGCCCAGACCUCAAUCCAAUUGAGAAUCUGUGGUAUGACUUAAAGAUUGCUUUACACCAGCGGAACCCAUCCAACUUGAAGGAGCUGGAGCAGUUUUGCCUUGAAGAAUGGGCAAAAAUCCCAGUGGCUAGAUGUGCCAAGCUUAUAGAGACAUACCCCAAAAGACUUGCAGCUGUAAUUGCUGCAAAAGGUGGCUCUACAAAGUAUUGACUUUGGGGGGGUGAAUAGUUAGUUUUUUAUUUAUUUUACAUCUUCAAAGUGGUAGGCAUGUCGUGUAAAUCAAAUGAUACAAACCCCCAAAAAUCAAUUUUAACUCCAGGUUGUAAGGCAACAAAAUAGAACAAAUGCCAAGGGGGGUGAAUACUUUCGCAAGCCACUGUAUCUUUCUGACAGAUACAAUCUAAACCAGGCAAGAACUUGCCCGUGUAGACCAAUUAGGGUUUCCAAUCUCUCCAAAAGAAUGUGGUGAUUGAUGGUGUCAAAAGCAGCGCUAAGGGGCCUCCCGAGUGGCGCAGCGGUCUAAGGCCUUGGUUCGAUCCCGGGCUGUGUCGCAGCCGGCCGCCACCGGGAGACCCAUGAGGCGGCGUACAAUUGGCCCAGCAUCGUCCGGGUUAGGGGAGGGUGUGGUUGCCCGGGAUGUCCUUGUCCCAUCUCGCUCUAGUGACUCCUUGUGGCGGGCCGGGCGCAUGCACGCAGACUUCGGUCGCCAGCUGUACAGUGUUUCCUCUGACACAUUGGUGCGGCUGACUUCCUGGUUAAGUGAUCAGUGUGUCAAGAAUCAGUGUGGCUUGGCAGGGUUGUUUCGGAGGAUGCACGGCUCUUGACCUUCGCUUCUCCCGAGUCCGUACGGGAGUUGCAGCGAUGGGACAAGACUGUAACUACCAAUUGGAAAUCACGAAAUUGGGGAGAAAAAGGGGUAAAAAGUACCACAAAGCAGCACUAAGGUCGAGGAUGAGGACAGAUGCAGAGCCUUGGUCUGACACCAUUAAAGGGUAAUUUACCAUCUUCACAGUCUCAGAACAUGUUGAGCUUAUAUUCUAUCCUCUUCUGUUCUACAUUUGGAAAGUAUUCAGACCCCUUGACUUUUUCCACAUUUUGUUACGUUACAGGCUUAUUCUAAAAUUGAUUAAAUAAAUAAAAAAAUGAAGUGAAAACAGGUUUUUUGACAUUUUGCUAAUUUAUUAAAAAUAACAAAAAUAGAAAUACCUUAUUUACGUAAGUGUUCAGACCCUUUGCUAUGAGACUCGAAAUUGAGCUCAGGUGCAACCUGUUUCCAUUGAUCAUCUUUGAGAUGUUUCUACAACUUGAUUGGAGUCAACCUGUGGUAAAUUCAAUUAAUUGGACAUGUUUUUGAAAGGCACACACUUGUCUGUAUUAGGUCCCAGUGUUGACAGUGCAUGUCAGUGCAAAAACCAAGCCCUGAGGUCGAAGGAAUUGUCCAUAGAGCUCCGAGACAGGAUUGUGUCGAGGCACAGCAUUGAAGGUCCCCAAGAACACAGUGGACUCCAUCAUUCUUAAAUGGAAGAAGUUUGGAACUACCAAGACUCUUCCUAGAGCUGGCCGCCCGGCCAAACUGAGUAAUCGGGGGAAAAGGGCCUUGGUCAGGGAGGUGACCAAGAACCCGAUGGUCACUCUGACAGAGCUCCAGAGUUCCUCUGUGGAGAUGGGAGAACCUUCCAGAAGGACAACGAUCUCUGCAGCGCUCCACCAAUCAGGCCUUUAUGGUAGAGUGGCCAGACGGAAGCCACUCCUCAGUAAAAGGCACAUGACAGCCCGCUUGGAGUUUGCCAAAAGGCACCUAAAGGACUGACAGACCAUGAUAAACAAGAUUCUCUGAUCUGAUGAAACCAAGGUUGAACUCUUUGGCCUGAAUGCCAAUCGUCAUGUCUGGAGGAAACCUGGCACCAUCCCUACGGUGAAGCAUGGUGGUGGUAGCAUCCUGCUGUGGGGAUGUUUUUCAGCGGCAGGGACUGGGAGACUAGUCAGGAUCGAGGGAAAGAUGAACGGAGCAAAGUACAGAGAGAUCCUUGAUGAAAACCUACUCACCUUCCAACAGGACAACGACCCUAAGCACACAGCCAAGACCACGCAGGAGUGGCUUUGGGACAAGUCUCUGAAUGUCCUUGAGUGGCCCAGCCAGAGCCCGGACUUGAACCCGAUCGAAUAUCUCUGGAGAGACCUGAAAAUAGCUGUGCAGCGACGCUCCCCAUCCAACCUGACAGAGCUUGAGAGGAUCUGCAGAGAAGAAUGGGAGAAACUCCCCACAUACAGGUGUGCCAAGCUUGUAGCGUCAUACCCAAGAAGACUCGCUGCUGUAAUUGCUGCCAAAGGUGCAUCAACAAAGUACUGAGUAAAGGGUCUGAAUACUUAUGUAAAUGUGAUAUUUCCGUUUUUUAUUUGUAAUACAUUUCCUUUUAUUUAAUUUUUUACUGUUUUUGCUUUGUCAUUAUGGGGCAUUGCGUGUAGAUUAAUGAGGAAAAAAACAAUUUAAUCAAUUUUAGAAUAAGGCUGUAACGUAACAAAAUGUGGGAAAAGCACAUUUACAUUCAUGUCAUUUAGCAGACGCUCUUAUCCAGAGCGACUUACAGUUAGUGAAUACAUAUUUUUUAUUUUUUUUAUACUGGCCCCCCGUGGGAAUCGAACCCACAACCCUGGUGUUGCAAACGCUAUGCUCUAUCAACUGAGCUACAUCCCUGCCGGCCAUUCCCUCCCCUACCCUGGACGACGCUGGGCCAAUUGUGCGCCGCCCAUGGGUCUCCCGGUCGCGGCCGGCUGCGACAGAGCCUGGAUUCGAACCAGGAUCUCUAGUGGCACAGUUAGCACUGCGAUGCAGUGCCUUAGACCACUGCAUCGCAGUAUAGAACUGUAUAUUAUGUUCUAUAUUCUGUUCUAUAUUCUGUUCUGUUCUAUAUUCUGUUCUAUAUUGUGUACUAUAUUCUGUUCUAUAUUCUGUUCUGUUCUAUAUUAUGUUCUAUGUUCUGUUCUAUAUUCUAUAUUCUGUUCUGUUCUAUAUUCUGUUCUGUUCUAUGUUCUGUUCUAUAUUCUAUAUUGUGUUCUGUUCUAUAUUCUGUUCUGUUCUAUGUUCUGUUCUAUAUUCUAUAUUGUGUUCUAUGUUCUGUUCUAUAUUCUAUAUUGUGUUCUAUGUUCUGUUCUAUAUUCUAUAUUGUGUUCUAUAUUCUGUUCUGUUCUAUAUUGUGUUCUGUUCUAUAUUGUGUUCUAUGUUCUGUUCUAUAUUCUGUUCUAUUCUAUAUUCUGUUCUGUUCUAUAUUCUGUUCUGUUCUAUAUUCUGUUCUAUAUUCUGUUCUAUUCUAGGUUCUGUUCUAUGUUCUGUUAUAUGCUAUACGAGCCAAAUACACUGAAAGACACUGGUGUAGUGUGUGUGUGUGUGUGUGUGCAUAGUGUAAUUAAUACAUUAGUAUGAUGUGUGUGUGUGUGUGUGUGCAUAGUGUCAUUAAUACAUUAGUAUGAUGUGUGUGUGUGUGCAUAGUGUCAUUAAUACAUUAGUAUGAUGUGUGUGUGUGUGUGCAUAGUGUCAUUAAUACAUUAGUAUGAUGUGUGUGUGGGAUGUGUGUGUGUGUGUGCAGAGUCGCAGUAAGGGCUCCAGGCUGAACAUUGUGAUCAUCGCUGAAGGGGCCAUCAACAGAGCUGGUGAACCCAUAUCUUCAAGCUACGUCAAGGAUGUGCGUAUUUUAACCAGCUCAUUCUAUGUUCCUCUGUCUUUAUAUGAAACCCUGAUAAACUGCAUCAAUGUUAAUCACAGUGUGGGACUAUGAAUAUGAAUGGGUCCCAAAUGUCACCCUGUUCCCUUUGUAGUGCACUAUAUAGGGAACAGGGUGCCAUUCUCUGGUCUAAAGUAGUGCACUAUAUAGGGAAUAGGGUGCCAUUUGGGAUGCACCCAUGACUGUAUAAACAUCUGUGUUCCCUUUGCUGACUGCUCCUCUCUCCAUGUCGCCAUGUCAAUUCCCUGGCUGGCUGUCUGACUGCUCCUCUCUCCAUGUCUAUUCCCUACUGACUGGCUGGCUGACUGUCUCUGUCUAUUCCCUACUGGCUGACUGGCUGACUGUCUCUCUGUCUAUUCCCUGACUGACUGGCUGACUGUCUCUGUCUAUUCCCUACUGGCUGACUGGCUGACUGUCUCUGUCUAUUCCCUACUGGCUGACUGGCUGACUGUCUCUCUGUCUAUUCCCUGACUGACUGGCUGACUGUCUCUGUCUAUUCCCUACUGGCUGACUGGCUGACUGUCUCUGUCUAUUCCCUACUGGCUGACUGGCUGACUGUCUCUGUCUAUUCCCUACUGGCUGACUGGCUGACUGUCUCUGUCUAUUCCCUACUGUCUGACUGGCUGACUGUCUCUGUCUAUUCCCUACUGGCUGACUGUCUCUGUCUAUUCCCUACUGGCUGACUGGCUGACUGUCUCUGUCUAUUCCCUACUGGCUGACUGGCUGACUGUCUCUGUCUAUUCCCUACUGUCUGACUGGCUGACUGUCUCUGUCUAUUCCCUACUGGCUGACUGUCUCUCUGUCUAUUCCCUGACUGACUGGCUGACUGUCUCUGUCUAUUCCCUACUGGCUGACUGGCUGACUGUCUCUGUCUAUUCCCUACUGGCUGACUGUCUCUGUCUAUUCCCUACUGGCUGACUGGCUGACUGUCUCUGUCUAUUCCCUACUGGCUGACUGGCUGACUGUCUCUGUCUAUUCCCUGACUGGCUGGCUGACUGUCUCUGUCUAUUCCCUACUGUCUGACUGGCUGACUGUCUCUGUCUAUUCCCUACUGUCUGACUGUCUCUCUGUCUUAUGUCUCCAUCUGUAGCUGGUGGUGAAGAGGCUGGGUUAUGACACCCGGGUCACUGUCCUAGGUCAUGUACAGAGAGGGGGGACACCCUCGGCCUUCGACAGGGUGCUGGUGAGUUACAGGACAUGAUUUGGCUCCUUAACGCUUCAUACACCUGUCUAACACUCCCUAGACUUCACUUCUGGAUCAAAUCAAAUAUUAUUUGUCACAUUCACGUGUUUAGCAGAUUAUAUAGCGGGUGUAGCGAAAUGCUUGUGCUUCUAGCUCCGACAGUGCAGUAAUAUCUAACAAGUAAGAUCUAACAAUUUCACAAAAUAUACCCAAUACACACAAAACUAUUAAGGAAUGGAAUUUAAGAAUAUAUACAUAUAUGGACGAGCAAUGACAGAGCGGCAUGGACUAAGAUACAGUAGAAUAUUAUAGAAUAGAAUGCAGUAUAUACAUAUGAGAUGAGGAAUGCAAGAUAUGUAAACAUUAUUAAAGUGACUAGUGUUCCAUUUCUUAAAGUGGCCAGUGAUUUCAAUAGACAGCAGCAGCCUCUAAUGUGCUAGUGAUGGCUAUUUAACAGUCUGAUGGCCUUGAGAUAGAAGCUGUUUUUCAUUCUCUUAGUCCCAGAUUUGAUGCACCUGUACUGACCUCGCCUUCUGGAUGAUAGCGGGGUGGACAGGCAGUGGCUCGGGUGGUUGAUGUCCUUGAUGAUAUUUUUGGCCUUCCUGUGACAUCGGGUUUUAUAGGUGUCCUGGAGGGCUGGUAGUUUGCCCCCGGUGAUGCGUUGGGCAGACCGCACCACCCUCUGGAGAGCCCUGCGGUUGCGGGCGGUGCAGUUGCCGUACCAGGCGGCGAUACAGCCCAAUAGGAUGCUCUCAACUGUGCAUCUGUAAAAGUUUGAGGGUUUUAGGUGCCAAGCUGAAUUUCUUCAGCCUCCUGAGGUUGAAGAGGUGCUGUUGCGCCUUCUUCACCACACUGUCUGCGUGGGUGGACCAUUUCAGUUUGUCAGUGAUUUGUAUGCCAAGGAACUUGGCUGUAAACCCUGCCACAUACGUCUCGUGUCUGAGCCGUUGAAUUGCGACUCCACUUUGUCUUUGUACUGAUGUUUUGCCAGUUUAAAUGCCUUGCGGAGUGAGUAGCUACACUGUUUGUAUUCUGCCAUAUUCCCAGUCAACUUGCAAUGGUUAAAAACGGUGGUUCGCGCUUUCAGUUUUGCGCAAAUGCUGCCAUCUAUCCACGGUUUCUGGUUAGGGUAGGUUUUAAUAGUCACAGUGGGCACAACAUCACCUAUACACUUCCUGAUAAACUCAGUCACCGUUUCAGUGUAUACGUCUAAAUUAUUUCGCAAGCUACCCGGAACAUAUCCCAGUCCACGUGAUCAAAACAAUCUUGAAGCGUGGAUUCCGAUUGGUCAGACCAGCGUUGAAUAGUCCUUAGCACGGGUACUUCCUGUUUGAGUUUCUGCCUAUAGGAAGGGAGGAGCAAAAUGGAGUUGUGGUCAGAUUUGUGAAAAGGAGGGCGGGGGAGGGCCUUAUAACCAUCCCGGAAGUUCGAAUAGCAAUGGUAGAGGAUUUUAGCAGCCCGUGUACAACAGUCGAUAUGUUGAUAGAACUUCGGCAGCCUAGUGCUCAAAUUUGCUUUGUUAAAAUCCCCGGCUACAAUAAAUGCAGCCUCAGGAUAUGUGGUUUCCAGUUUGCAUAAGGUCCAGUGAAGUUCUUUGAGGGCCGUCGUGGUAUCGGCUUGAGGGGGGAUAUACACGGCCGUGACUAUAACCAAAGAUAAUUAUCUUGGGAGAUAAUACGGUCGGCAUUUGAUUGUGAGGUAUUCUAGGUCGGGUGAACAGGUGGACUUGAGUUCCUGUAUGUUACUACAAUUACACCAUGAGUCGUUAAUCAUGAAACACACACCUCCGCCCUUCUGCUUCCCGGAGAGAUAUUUAUUCCUGUCUGUGCGAUGAACUGAGAACCACUCUGGCUGGACCGAUUUCGACAGAAUAUCCCAGGAGAGCCAUGUUUCCGUGAAACAAAGUAUGUUACAGGCCUUGAUGUCUCUCUGGAAAGAAAUCCUUGCCCGGAGCUCGUCAACCUUGUUAUCCAAAGACUGAACGUUAGCGAGUAGUAUACUUGGAAGCGGUGGGUGGUGUGCGCGCCUCCUAAGUCGAACCAGCAGGCCGCUCCGAGUGCCUCUCCUCCGCCGGCGAUGUUUUGGGUCAGCCGCUGGAAUCAGUUCAGUUGCCCUGGGGAGAGCAAACAAAGGAUCUGCUUUGGGAAAGUCGUAUUCCUGGUCGUAAUGCUGGUGAGUUACCGCCGCUCUGAUAUCCAAUAGUUUUCCCCGGCUGUAUGUAAUGAUACAAAACACUUUCUGAGCUAAUAAUGUAAAAUAUAAUACAUAAAAAAAACAAAAUACCGCAAAGUUUCCUAAGAGCUAGUUGCGAGGCCGCCAUCUUCGCCGGUGCCAGGAUGGUAGACUUCAUAUUGGAGUAGGGUGGUGUUUGGUUCAUAUUGGAGUAGGGUGGUGUUUGCCAGAGGGUGCCAUAGUGAAUGCAGGGUGGGACUGUGCCAGCUUGUGGACUGGUGCGCCACUACGUAAUAAAUAUACUGAAAAAAUAAUAAUAAUACAUGUUUUUAUUUGUUAUUUUAUUUGUUAUCAUUUAAGGCUCUAGAUUGCAGGCAACCGCAGUUACAGGUGUUCAAAAGUCCAAAGGCCUACGGGCCUCCCCUGUGCCCUGUACUCACCAGCACCUCCUGGUUGUUAUUCCACAGAGCAGUAAGAUCGGAGUGGAGGCAGUAGUCGCUCUGUUAGAGGCCACUCCAGAGACCCCAGCCUGUGUCAUCGGCCUGUCAGGAAACCAGGCUAUCCGCCUGCCUCUUAUGGAGGGUGUACAGAUGGUGAGGUAACUUCCUGUUCCAGAACUGACAAACCACUAAGAAAAUUAUCCUGACAAUAAACAGUCCUGAAUGUGUUCUGUCUGUAAAUCUAAUCCCUUUCACAGUUCCUCUCUCAAACUCUGCAACAGAGCAAUACAGUUUGAGGGAGGUUGUGAGAGGGAUUUGCACAAAUGGAAUUCUGAUGAUGGUAUGAUUAUAUGAUGUGUGUCUUGCCUGUAGACUAAAGAGGUUCAGAAGGCCAUGAAUGAAAAGAGGUUUGAUGAAGCCAUCCAACUGAGAGGAAGGUUAGAGAUGUCAAAUAUCUUAUGAAUAUGAUAUACACCAGUCAAAUGUUUGGACACACCUACUCAUUCCAGGGCUUUUCUUUAUUUUUACUAUUGUUUUACAUUGUAGAAUAAUAGUGAAGACAUCAAAACUAUGAAAUAACACAUGGAAUCAUGUAGUAACCAAAAAAGUAUUAAACAAAUCAAAAUAUACAGUGAGGGGAAAAAAGUAUUUGAUCCCCUGCUGAUUUUGUACGUUUGCCCACUGACAAAGACAUGAUCAGUCUAUAAUUUUAAUGGUAGGUUUAUUUGAACAGUGAGAGACAGAAUAACAACAACAACAAUCCAGAGAAACGCAUGUCAAAAAUGUUAGAAAUUGAUUUGCAUUUUAAUGAGGGAAGUAAGUAUUUGACCCCUCUGCAAAACAUGACUUAGUACUUGGUGGCAAAACCCUUGUUGGCAAUCACAGAGGUCAGACGUUUCUUGUAGUUGCCCACCAGGUUUGCACGCAUCUCAGGAGGGAUUUUGUCCCACUCCUCUUUGCAGAUCUUCUCCAAGUCAUUAAGGUUUGGAGGCUGACGUUUGGCAACUCGAACCUUCAGCUCCCUCCACAGAUUUUCUAUGGGAUUAAGGUCUGGAGACUGGCUAGGCCACUCCAGGACCUUAAUGUGCUUCUUCUUGAUCCACUCCUUUGUUGCCUUGGCUGUGUGUUUUGGGUCAUUAUCAUGCUGGAAUACCCAUCCACAACCCAUUUUCAAUGCCCUGGCUGAGGGAAGGAGGUUCUCACCCAAGAUUUGACGGAACAUGGCCCCGUCCAUCGUCCUUUUGAUGCGGUGAAGUUGUCCUGUCCCCUUAGCAGAAAAACACCCCCAAAGCAUAAUGUUUCCAACUCCAUGUUUGACGGUGGGGAUGGUGUUCUUGGGGUCAUAGGCAGCAUUCCUCCUCCUCCCAACACGGCGAGUUGAGUUGAUGCCAAAGAGCUCCAUUUUGGUCUCAACUGACCACAACACUUUCACCCAGUUCUCCUCUGAAUCAUUCAGAUGUUCAUUGGCAAACUUCAGACGGGCAUGUAUAUGUGCUUUCUUGCGCAGGGGGACCUUGCGGGCGCUGCAGGAUUUCAGUCCUUCACGGUGUAGUGUGUUACCAAUUGUUUUCUUGGUGACUAUGGUCCCAGCUGCCUUGAGAUCAUUGACAAGAUCCUCUCGUGUAGUUCUGGGCUGAUUCCUCACCGUUCUCAUGAUCAUUGCAUCUCCACGAGGUGAGAUCUUGCAUGGAGCCCCAGGCCGAGGGAGAUUGACAGUUCUUUUGUGUUUCUCCCAUUUGCGAAUAAUCGCACCAACUGUUGUCACCUUCUCACCAAGCUGCUUGGCGAUAGUCUUGUAGCCCAUUCCAGCCUUGUGUAGGUCUACAAUCUUGUCCCUGACAUCCUUGGAGAGCUCUUUGUCUUGGCCAUGGUGAAGAGUUUGGAAUCUGAUUGAUUGAUUGCUUCUGUGGACAGGUGUCUUUUAUACAGGUAACAAGCUGAGAUUAGGAGCACUCCCUUUAAGAGUGUGCUCCUAAUCUCAGCUCGUUACCUGUAUAAAAGACACCUGGGAGCCAGAAAUCUAUCUGAUUUAGAGGGGGUCAAAUACUUAUUUCCCUCAUUAAAAUGCAAAUCAAUUUAUAACAUUUUUGACAUGUGUUUUUCUGGAUAUUUUUGUUGUUAUUCUGUCUCUCACUGUUCAAAUAAACCUCCUUCCCUCAGCCAGGGCAUUGAAAAUAGGUCAAUGAAUGCUUUUCCAACAGUCUUGAAGGAGUUCCCACAUAUGCUGAGCACUUGUUGGCUGCUUUUCCUUCACUCUGCGGUCCAACUUAUCCCAAAACAUCUCAAUUGGUUUGAGGUCGGGGGAUUGUGGAGGUCAGGUCAUCUGAUGCAGCACUCCAUCACUCUCCUUCUUGGUAAAAAAGCCCUUACACAGCCUGGAGGUGUGUUGGGUCAUUGUCCUGUUGAUAAACGAAUGAUAGUCCCACUAAGUCCAAACCAGAUGUGAUGGCGUAUCGCUGCAGAAUGCUGUGGUAGCCACGCUGGUUAAGUGUGCCUUGAAUUCUAAAUAAAUCACAGACAGUGUCACCAGCAAAGCACCCCCACAACAUAACACCUCCUCCUCCAUGCUUCACGGUGGGAACUACACAUGCGGAGAUCAUCCGUUCACCCACACCGCGUCUCACAAAGACACAGCGUUUGGAACCAAAAAUCUCAAAUUUGGACUCCAGACCAAGGGACACAUUUCCACCAGUCUAAUGUCCAUUGCUCGUGUUUCUUGGCCCAAGCAGGUCUCUUCUUAUUAUUGGUUUCCUUUAGUAGUGGUUUCUUUGCAGCAAUUCGACCAUGAAGGCCUGAUUCUCACACAGUCCCCUCUGAACAGUUGAUGUUGAGAUGUGUCUGUGACUUGAACUCUGUGAAGCAUUUAUUUGGGCUGCAAUUUCUGAGGCUGGUAACUCUAAUGAACUUAUCCUCUGCAGCAGAGGUAACUCUGGGUCUUCCAUUCCUGUGGCGGUCCUCAUGAGAGCCAGUUUCAUCAUAGCGCUUGAUGGUUUUUGCGACUGCACUUGAAGAAACUUUCAAAGUUCAUGAAAUGUUCCGUAUUGACUGACCUUCAUGUCUUAAAGUGAUGAUGGACUAUUGUUUCUCUUUGCUUAUUUGAGCUGUUCUUGCCAUAAUAUGGACUUGGUCUUUUACCAAAUAGGGCUAUCUUCUGUAUACCCCCCACCUUGUCACAACACAACUGAUUAGCUCAAACGCAUUAAGAAGGAAAGAAAUUCCACAAAUUAACUUUUAAAAGACACACCUGUUAAUUGAAAUGCAUUCCAGGUUACUACCUCAUGAAGCUGGUUGAGAGAAUGCCAAGCGUGCGCAAAGCUGUCAUCAAGGCAAAGUGUGGCUAUUUGAGGAAUCUCAAAUAUAAAAUAUAUUUUGAUUUGUUUAACACUGUUUUGGUUACUACAUGAUUCCAUGUGUUAUUUCAUAGUUUUGAUGUCUUCACUAUUAUUCUACAAUGUAAAAAAUAGUAAAAAUAAAGAAAAACCCUUGAAUGAGUAGGUGUGUCCAAACUUUUGACUGGUACUGUGUGUGUGUGUGUGUGUGUGUGUGUGUGUGUGUGUGUGUGUGUGUGUGUAUAUAUAUAUAUAUAUACACACAACCGUUCAAAAGUUUGAGGUCACUUAGAAAUGUCCUUGUUUUCGAAAGAAAAGCCAUUUUUUUGUCCAUUAAAAUAACAUCAAAUUGAUCAGAAAUACAGUGUAGACAUUGUUAAUGUUGUAAAUGGCUAUUGUAGCUGGAAAUCUGUCUCAAGAAGGCCAGUUUUAUUGCUUCUUUAAUCAGUACAACAGUUUUCUUUCGAAAACAAGGACAUUUCUCUAAGUGACCCCAAACCUUUGAACGGUAGUGUGUGUAUGUAUGUAUGUGUAUAUAUAUAUAUAUACAUACAUACAUACAUACAUACAUACAUACAUACAUACAUACAUACAUACAUACAUACAUACAUACAUACAUACAUACAUACAUACAUACAUUCAUUCAUUCAUUCAUUCAUUCAUUCAGUGGGGAGAACAGGUAUUUGAUACACUGACGAUUUUGCAGGUUUUCCUACUUACAAAGCAUGUAGAGGUCUGUAAUUUUUAUCAUAGGUACACUUCAACUGUGAGAGACGGAAUCAAAAACAAAUAUCCAGAAAAUCACAUUGUAUGAUUUAUAAGUAAUUAAUUUGCAUUUUAUUGCAUGACAUAAGUAUUUGAUACAUCAGAAAAGCAGAACUUAAUAUUUGGUACAGAAACCUUUGUUUGCAAUUACAGAGAUCAUGCGUUUCCUGUAGGUCUUGACGAGGUCUGCACACACUGCAGCAGGGAUUUUGGCCCACUCCUCCAUACAGACCUUCUCCAAAUCCUUCAGGUUUCGGAGCUGUCGCUGGGCAAUACGGACUUUCAGCUCCCUCCAAAGAUUUUCUAUUGGGUUCAGGUCUGGAGACUGGCUAGGCCACUCCAGGACCUUGAGAUACUUCUUACGGAGCCACUCCUUAGUUGCCCUAGCUGUGUGUUUCGGGUCGUUGUCAUGCUGGAAGGCCCAGCCACGACCCAUCUUCAAUGCUCUUACUGAGGGAAGGAGGUUGUUGGCCAAGAUCUCGCAAUACAUGGCCCCAUCCAUCCUCCCCUCAAUACGGUGCAGUCGUCCUGUCCCCUUUGCAGAAAAGCAUCCCUAAAGAAGGAUGUUUCCACCUCCAUGCUUCACGGUUGGGAUGGUGUUCUUGCGGUUGUACUCAUCCUUCUUCUUCCUCCAAACACGACGAGUGGAGUUUAGACCAAAAAGCUCUAUUUUUGUCUCAUCAGACCACAUGACCUUCUCUCAUUCCUCCUCUGGAUCAUCCAGAUGGUCAUUGGCAAACUUCAGACGGGCCUGGACAUGCGCUGGCUUGAGCAGGGGGACCUUGCGUGCGCUGCAGGAUUUUAAUCCAUGACGGCGUAGUGUGUUACUAAUGGUUUUCUUUGAGACUGUGGUCCCAGCUCUCUUCAGGUCAUUGACCAGGUCCUGCCGUGUAGUUCUGGGCUGAUCCCUCACCUUCCUCAUGAUCAUUGAUGCCCCACGAGGUGAGAUCUUGCAUGGAGCCCUAGACCGAGUGUGAUUGACCGUCAUCUUGAACUUCUUCAAUUUUCUAAUAAUUGCGCCAACAGUUGUUUCCUUCUCACCAAGCUGCUUGCCUAUUGUCCUGUAGCCCAUCCCAGCCUUGUGCAGGUCUACAAUUUUAUCCCUGAUGUCCUUACACAGCUCUCUGAUCUUGGCCAUUGUGGAGAGGUUGGAGUCUGUUUGAUUGAGUGUGUGGACAGGUGUCUUUUAUACAGGUAACGAGUUCAAACAGGUGCAGUUAAUACAGGUAAUGAGUGGAGAACAGGAGGGCUUCUUAAAGAAAAACGAACAGGUCUGUGAGAGCCGGAAUUCUUACUGGUUGGUAGGUGAUCAAAUACUUAUGUCAUGCAAUAAAAUGCAAAUUAUUUACUUAAAAAUCAUACAAUGUGAUUUUCUGGAUUUUUGUUUUAGAUUCCGUCUACAGACCUCUACAUGCUUUGUAAGUAGGAAAACCUGCAAAAUCGGCAGUGUAUCAAAUACUUGUUCUCCCCACUGUAUAUAUAUACUCAGCAAAAAAAGAAACGUCCUCUCACUGUCAACUGCGUUUAUUUUCAGCAAACUUAACAUGUGUAAAUAUUUGUAUGAACAUAACAAGAUUCAACAACUGAGACAUAAACUGAACAAGUUCCACAGACAUGUGACUAACAGAAAUGGAAUAAUGUGUCCCUGAACAAAGGGGGGGUCAAAAUCAAAAGUAACAGUCAGUAUCUGGUGUGGCCACCAGCUGCAUUAAGUACUGCAGUGCAUCUCCUCCUCAUGGACUGCACCUGAUUUGCCAGUUCUUGCUGUGAGAUGUUACCCCACUCUUCCACCAAGGCACCUGCAAGUUCCUGGACAUUUCUGGGGGGAAUGGCCCUAGCCCUCACCCUCCGCUACAACAGGUCCCAGACGUGCUCAAUGGGAUUGAGAUCCGGGCUCUUCGCUGGCCAUGGCAGAACACUGACAUUCCUGUCUUGCAGGAAAUCACGCACAGAACGAGCAGUAUGGUUGGUGGCAUUGUCAUGCUGGAGGGUCAUGUCAGGAUGAGCCUGCAGGAAGGGUACCACAUGAGGGAGGAGGAUGUCUUCCCUGUAAUGCACAGCGUUGAGAUUGCCUGCAAUGACAACAAACUCAGACCAAUGAUGCUGUGACACACCGCCCCAGACCAUGACAGAGUACAGGCCUCGGUGUAGCGCUCAUUCCUUCGACGAUAAACGCGAAUCCGACCAUCACCCCUGGUGAGACAAAACCGCGACCCGAGUGGCGCAGUGGUCUAAGGCACUGUAUCGCAGUGCUAGCUGUGCCACUAGAGAUCCUGGUUCGAAUCCAGGCUCUGUUGUAGCCGGCUGCGACCGGGAGACCCAUGGGGCGCCGCACAAUUGGCCCAGCGUCGUCCAGGGUAGGGGAGGGAAUGGCCGGCAGGGAUGUAGCUCAGUUGGUAGAGCAUGGCAUUUGCAACGCCAGGGUUGUGGGUUCGAUUCCCACGGGGGGCCAUUAUGAAAAACAAAAAAUAAUAAUAAUGAAUGCACUAACUAACUGUAAGUCGCUCUGGAUAAGAGCGUCUGCUAAAUGACUAAAAUGUAAAUGUAAGAGCACUUUUUGCCAGUCCUGUCUGGACCAGCGACGGUGGGUUUGUGCCCAUAGGCAACGUUGUUGCCGGUGAUGUCUGGUGAGGGACCUGCCUUACAACAGGCCUACAAGGCCUCAGUCCAGCCUCUCUCAGCCUAUUGCGGACAGUCUGAGCACUGAUGGAGGGAUUUUGCGUUCCUGGUGUAACUCAGGCAGUUGUUGUUGCCAUCCUGUACCUGUCCCACAGGUGUGAUGUUCGGAUGUACCGAUCCUGUGCAGGUGUUGUUACACGUGGUCUGCCACUGCGAGGACGAUCAGCUGUCCGUCCUGUCUCCCUGUAGCGCUGUCUUAGGCGUCUCACAGUACAGACAUUGCAAUUUAUUGCCCCGGCCACAUCUGCAGUCCUCACGCCUCCUUGCAGCAUGCCUAAGGCACGUUCACGCAGAUGAGCAGGGACCCUGGGCAUCUUUCUUUUGGUGUUUUUCAGAGUCAGUAGAAAGGCCUCUUUAGUGUCCUAAGUUUUCAUAACUGUGACCUUAAUUGCCUACCGUCUGUAAGCUGUUAGUGUCUUAACGACCGUUCCACAGGUGCAUGUACAUUAAUUGUUUAUGGUUCAUUGAACAAGCAUGGGAAACAGUGUUUAAACCCUUUACAAUGAAGAUCUGUGAAGUUAUUUGGAUUUUUAUGAAUCAUCUUUGAAAGACAGGGUCCUGAAAAAGGGACGUUUCUUUUUGCUGAGUUUAUAUAUAUAUUAUAAUAAUAUAUAUAUAUACUAAUAUAUUAUAUAUUAUAUAUAUAUAUAUAUCAUAUCAUUUAUAAUAUUAUAUAUAUAAUGAAGUAUGUAUGUAAAUAUAAUAUAAUGAACAUUUUUAUAUAUGUUUUCUGAUUAAUAUAUUUUCAUUGUUAGGAGCUUUGAGAACAACUGGAACAUGUACAGACUGCUUGCCUUCCAGAAGCCUGCCGUUACCAAGGUAACACUGCCUUAAAAUAAACUGAGACACAUGACUCCCAUGACAUGGCUGGCUGUAGACUCCUCCCAUCUCUCUUCAGAGAGACAUGACUCCCCAUGGCUGGCUGUAGACUCCUCCCAUCUCUCUUCAGAGAGACAUGACUCCCAUGGCUGGCUGUAGACUCCUCCCAUCUCUCUUCAGAGAGACAUGACUCCCAUGACAUGGCUGGCUGUAGACUCCUCCCAUCUCUCUUCAGAGAGACAUGACUCCCAUGACAUGGCUGGCUGUAGACUCCUCCCAUCUCUCUUCAGAGAGACAUGACUCCCCAUGACAUGGCUGGCUGUAGACUCCUCCCAUCUCUCUUCAGAGAGACAUGACUCCCAUGACAUGGCUGGCUGUAGACUCCUCCCAUCUCUCUUCAGAGAGACAUGACUCCCAUGACAUGGCUGGCUGUAGACUCCUCCCAUCUCUCUUCAGAGAGACAUGACUCCCCAUGACAUGGCUGGCUGUAGACUCCUCCCAUCUCUCUUCAGAGAGACAUGACUCCCAUGACAUGGCUGGCUGUAGACUCCUCCCAUCUCUCUUCAGAGAGACAUGACUCCCCAUGACAUGGCUGGCUGUAGACUCCUCCAGUCUCUCUUCAGAGAGACAUGACUCCCGUGACAUGGCUGGCUGUAGACUCCUCCCAUCUCUCUUCAGAGAGACAUGACUCCCCAUGACAUGGCUGGCUGUAGACUCCUCCAGUCUCUCUUCAGAGAGACAUGACUCCCGUGACAUGGCUGGCUGUAGACUCCUCCCAUCUCUCUUCAGAGAGACAUGACUCCCAUGGCUGGCUGUAGACUCCUCCCAUCUCUCUUCAGAGAGACAUGACUCCCAUGACAUGGCUGGCUGUAGACUCCUCCCAUCUCUCUUCAGAGAGACAUGACUCCCAUGACAUGGCUGGCUGUAGACUCCUCCCAUCUCUCUUCAGAGAGACAUGACUCCCCAUGACAUGGCUGGCUGUAGACUCCUCCCAUCUCUCUUCAGAGAGACAUGACUCCCAUGACAUGACUGGCUGUAGACUCCUCCCAUCUCUCUUCAGAGAGACAUGACUCCCCAUGACAUGGCUGGCUGUAGACUCCUCCCAUCUCUCUUCAGAGAGACAUGACUCCCCAUGACAUGGCUGGCUGUAGACUCCUCCCAUCUCUCUUCAGAGAGACAUGACUCCCCAUGACAUGGCUGGCUGUAGACUCCUCCCGUCUCUCUUCAGAGAGACAUGACUCCCAUGACAUGGCUGGCUGUAGACUCCUCCCAUCUCUCUUCAGAGAGACAUGACUCCCCAUGACAUGGCUGGCUGUAGACUCCUCCCAUCUCUCUUCAGAGCGACCACACGCUAGCGGUGCUGAAUGUGGGUGCUCCAGCAGCAGGGAUGAAUGCAGCGGUCCGGUCGGCUGUCAGAGUUGCGCUGGCCUACGGUCACAAGGUCUACUCUGUCAACGACGGCUUCGAGGGGCUGGCCAAUGGAGCGGUGAGGAUAUAUUCUCCUUAAGAUACAACACUAAUGGAUGAAGAGAGAGAGAGUAGAUUGAUUCAGCAGUAUUAUCCCAGUAUAUUCUCUUAAUGUAACAUGAUAUAAUAAUCCAUGUGGUGAUAAUCCAUGUGGUGAUAAUCCAUGUGGUGAUAAUCCAUGUGGUGAUAAUCCAUGUGGUGAUAAUCCAUGUGGUGAUUUGUAUUUAUUAAGGAUCCUCUAGUCUUCCUGGGGUCCAGCAACAUCAAAGCAGUUAUAUACAGUAAAAAAUAUUACAUGACAUUUCAUAACCCUUUUCAGAAUACAUGUAGUGUGUUCCCUCAGACCACUACUCUACUAUCACAUAUCUACAAUACAACACCCAUGUGUACAGUGGCUUGCGAAAGUAUUCACCCUCCUUGGCAUUUUUCCUAUUUUGUUGCCUUACAACCUGAAAAAAAAAAAUAUAUAUAUAUAUAUACUGCUCAAAAAAAUAAAGGGAACACUAAAAUAACACAUCCUAGAUCUGAAUGAAUGAAAUAAUCUUAUUAAAUACUAUUUUCUUUACAUAGUUGAAUGUGCUGACAACAAAAUCACACAAAAAUGAUCAAUGGAAAUCAAAUGUAUCAACCCAUGGAGGUCUGGAUUUGGAGUCACCCUCAAAAUUAAAGUGGAAAACCACACUACAGGCUGAUCCAACUUUGAUGUAAUGGCCUUAAAACAAGUCAAAAUGAGGCUCAGUAGUGUGUGUGGCCUCCACGUGCCUGUAUGACCUCCCUACAACACCUGGGCAUGCUCCUGAUGAGGUGGCGGAUGGUCUCCUGAGGGAUCUCCUCCCAGACCUGGACUAAAGCAUCCGCCAACUCCUGGACAGUCUGUGGUGCAACGUGGCGUUGGUGGAUGGAGCGAGACAUGAUGUCCCAGAUGUGCUCAAUUGGAUUCAGGUCUGGUGAACGGGCGGGCCAGUCCAUAGCAUUAAUGCCUUCCUCUUGAAGGAACUGCUGACACACUCCAGCCACAUGAGGUCUAGCAUUGUCUUGCAUUAGGAGGAACCCAGGGCCAACCGCACCAGCAUAUGGUCUCACAAGGGGUCUGAGGAUCUCAUCUCGGUACCUAAUGGCAGUCAGGCUACCUCUGGCGAGCACAUGGAGGGCUGUGCGGCCCCCCAAAGAAAUGCCACCCCACACCAUGACUGACCCACCGCCAAACCGGUCAUGCUGGAGGAUGGUGCAGGCAGCAGAACGUUCUCCACGGCGUCUCCAGACUCUGUCACGUCUGUCACAUGUGCUCAGUGUGAACAUGCUUUCAUCUGUGAAGAGCACAGGGCGCCAGUGGCAAAUUUGCCAAUCUUGGUGUUCUCUGGCAAAUGCCAAACGUCCUGCACGGUGUUGGGCUGUAAGCACAACCCCCACCUGUGGACGUCGGGCCCUCAUACCACCCUCAUGGAGUCUGUUUCUGACUGUUUGAGCAGACACAUGCACAUUUGUGGCCUGCUGGAGGUCAUUUGCAGGGCUCUGGCAGUGCUCCUCCUUGCACAAAGGCGGAGGUAGCAGUCCUGCUGCUGGGUUGUUGCCCUCCUACGGCCUCCUCCACGUCUCCUGAUGUACUGGCCUGUCUCCUGGUAGCGCUUCCAUGCUCUGGACACUACGCUGACAGACACAGCAAACCUUCUUGCCACAGCUCGCAUUGAUGUGCCAUCCUGGAUGAGCUGCACUACCUGAGCCACUUGUGUGGGUUGUAGACUCCGUCUCAUGCUACCACUAGAGUGAAAGCACCGCCAGCAUUCAAAAGUGACCAAAACAUCAGCCAGGAAACAUAGGAACUGAGAAGUGGUCUGUGGUCACCACCUGCAAAACCAGUCCUUUAUUGGGGGUGUCUUGCUAAUUGCCUAUAAUUUCCACCUGUUGUCUAUUCCAUUUGCACAACAGCAUGUGAAAUUUAUUGUCAAUCAGUGUUGCUUCCUAAGUGGACAGUUUGAUUUCACAGAAGUGUGAUUGACUUGGAGUUACAUUGUGUUGUUUAAGUGUUCCCUUUAUUUCUUUGAGCAGUGUAUUUAAAAAAAAAAUGUGUGAAACAAACAAGAAAUUAGACAAAAUAACAGAGAACUUGAGCGUGCAUAACUAUUCACCCCCGCAAAGUCAAUACUUUGUAGAGUCACCUUUUGCAGCAAUUACAGCUGCAAGUCUCUUGGGGUAUGUCUUUAUAAGCUUGGCACAUCUAGCCACUGGCAAAACUGCUCCAGCUCCUUCAAGUUGGAUGGGUUCCGCUGGUGUACAGCAAUCUUUAAGUCAUACCACAGAUUCUCAAUUGGAUUGAGGUCUGGGCUUUGACUAGGUCAUUCCAAGACAUUUAAAUGUUUCCCCUUAAACCGCUUGAGUGUUGCUUUAGGGUAAUUGUCCUGCUGGAAGGUGAAACUCCGUCCCAGUCUCAAAUCUCUAGGAGACUGAAACAGGUUUCCCUCUAGAAUUCCCCUGUAUUUAGCGCCAUCCAUCAUUCCUUCAAUUCUGACCAGUUUCCCAGUCCCUGCCGAUGAAAAACAUCCCCACAGCAUGAUGCUGCCACCACCAUGCUUUACUGUGGGGAUGGAGUGAUGAGAGGUGUUGGGUUUGCGCCAGACAUAGCGUUUUCCUUGAUGGCCAAAAAGCUCAAUUUUAGUCUCAUCUGACCAGAGUACCUUCUUCCAUAUGUUUGGGAAGUCUCCCACAUGGCUUUUGGCGAACACCAAACCUGUUUGCUUAUUUUUUCUGGCCACUCUUCCGUAAAGCCCAGCUCUGUGGAUUGUACGGCAUAAAGUGGUCCUAUGGACAGAUACUCUAAUCUCCGCUGUGGAGCUUUGCAGCUCCUUCAGGGUUAUCUUUGGUAUCUUUGAUUAAUGCCCUCCUUGCCUGGUCUGUGAGUUUUGGUGGGCGGCCCACUCUUGGCAGGUUUGUUGUGGUGCCAUAUUCUUUCCAUUUUCUCUUUGUAGGACUGUGUCCCUCCUGUAGACUUUUGACUUGGGGUUUGAAGAGACCUCUGGUGGCAUGUCUUGUGGGGUAUGCAUGGGUGUCCGAGCUGUGCGCCAGUCGUUCAAACAGACAGUUCGGUUCAUUCAGCUUGUCAACACUUCUUACAAAAACGAGUAAUGAUGAAGUCAAUCUCUCCUCCACUUUGAGCCAUGAGAGAUUGACAUGCAUGUCAUUAAUAUUAGCUCUCCAUGUACAUUUAAGGGCCAGCCGUGCUGCCCUGUUCUGAGCCAAUUGUAAUUUUCCUAAGUCCUUUUUUGUGGCACCUGACCACAAGACUGAACAGUAGUCCAGGUGUGACAAAACUAGGGCCUGUAGGACCUGCCUUGUUGAUAGUGCUGUUAAGAAGGUAGAGGAGCGCUUUAUUAUGGACAGACUUCUCCCCAUCUUAGCUACUGUUGUAUCAAUAUGUUUUGACUAUGACAGUUUACAAUCCAGGGUUACUCCAAGCAAUUUAGUCACAUCAACAUGGUCAAUUUACACAUUAUUUAUUACAAGAUUUAGUUGAGGUUUAGUGAAUGAUUUGUCCCAAAUACAAUGCUUCUAUAAGUGUGCUCAAAGUCUGUUGUCAAUUUGUUUACUGUAAAAUAGCAUUGUAUCUGGUCAAACAAUUUUUUCCCCAAUAGUUUACUAAGGGUUGGUAACAGGCUGAUUGGUCGGCUAUUUGAGCCAGUAAAGGGGGCUUUACUAUUCUUAGGUAGGGGAAUGACUUUUGCUUCCCUCCAAGCCUAGGGGCACACACUUUCUAGUAGGCUUAGAUUGAAGAUAUGGCAAAUAGGAGUGGCAAUAUCGUCCGCUAUUAUCCUCAGUAAUUUUCCAUCCAAGUUGUCAGACCCCGGUGGCUUGUCACUGUUGAUAGACAACAAUCAUUUGUUCACUUCUUCCACACUCACUUUUCGGAAUUCAAAAUGACAAUGUGAUAAUCCAUGUGGUGAUAACUGUGACAAUCCUGACUGCACAUUUUUCAAAUUUGGACAAUAAAGAUAUUGACUGGCGUGUGUUCUUCCUCUACCAGGUGACAGAGAUGGAGUGGCACAGUGUGGCUGGAUGGACUGGCCAGGGUGGAUCUCUUCUGGGGACUAAAAGGUCUGUUGUUUAGAAUGACGAAUAGGGGGAAAUCAGUUGGUAGUUUGUAUUCAAUGUGGUUAUUGGUGUGCCCCUUUUUCAAAAUAGGAAGAUGUCCUCCUGAAUUGUGUUUGGGAAACUGUGUAUUCUCAGUCUGCCUUUGUGUUCUACAGAACCCUCCCCAGUACUUGCAUGGAGAAGAUAGUGGACACCAUCAACAAGUUUAAAAUCCAGGCUUUGCUGGUCGUUGGGGGAUUUGAGGUACCAGUUACAGACCAACAGAACAUUUAUAUUGAAAUUGGUGUUAGUAUUCCCUGAUGGCGUACAUGGCGGGCGCGCUGCAUCAGAUCAUUGAUUUUAAAAGGCCUCCCUCCUCACAAUGUUGUUUAGUCACUUAUUUUACAUUUACAUGUUAGUCAUUUAUCAGACGCUCUUAUCCAGAGCCACUUACAGUUAGUGAGAAUCGUGGGAAUCGAACCCACAACCCUGGGGUUGCAAACGCCAUGCUCUACCAACUGAGCUACGUCCCUGCCGGCCAUUCCCUCCCAUACCCUGGACGACGCUGGGCCAAUUGUGCGCCGCCCCAUGGGUCUUAUGUUUUGUUAUGUUAAUUGAUCUUUCUAAUGUAACUAUUUCAUUUUAGAGUUCAUGUCGUCAGCUGUUAGAAAGACUAAACAAUCUGACUGUGUUGGUGUGUGGUGUCUUCCCUCGUGGUGUCUUCCCUCGUGGUGUCUUCCCUCGUGGUGUCUUCCCUCGUGGUGUCUUCCCUCGUGGUGUCUUCCCUCGUGGUGUCUUCCCUCGUGGUGUCUUCCCUCAUGGUGUCUUCCCUCAUGGUGUCUUCCCUCAUGGUGUACUCCCUCAUGGUGUACUCCCUCAUGGUGUACUCCCUCAUGGUGUCUUCCCUCAUGGUGUGUUUUGGUCUUCCCUCAUGGUGUGUUUUGUCUUCCCUCAUGGUGUGUUUUGUCUAUAGGCAUACGAGGGCGUGCUGCAGCUGUAUGAUGCUCGUGGUGGAUUUGAUGAGUUGUGUAUCCCCAUGGUGGUGAUCCCUGCCACCAUCAGUAACAACGUGCCCGGGACAGACUUCAGUCUGGGGUCAGACACGGCUGUCAAUGCUGCCAUGGAGGUCAGUCUGAUUUGAUGAAGGAUAAAACACAAUAAAACCCAAAGGGUCAUUUUCCAGUGUGGUUCGUCUCUGGCAACAAGAUGGCAGGUGAAUCUAGAUUGACACUAUAAACUCAAUUUAAAACAUGAGGCCGACCAGAUGUCAAGACAAGGCCCCUUCCCAUGAGGCCGACCAGAUGUCAAGACAAGGCCCCUUCCCAUCUCCAACUCUGCUCCCUCAGCAGUGCCUGUUUUAGCAGAGUAACAUCACACAGAGGCCUCAUAAUAGUUUAUAUGUUAGUAAGUUAAAUCACCAGUUGAAACAAUAAUGAAGUGGACUUCCUGUUUCGGUAAAUAGCUGAGGGAUGGGUCUGGAGAAAUAUUAUAGUUUUAACCAUGUUAAUAGUUUUAACCAUGUUAAUAGUUUUAGACAAUCUGGACCCUUUCUUUCUAAAACUAGCCGCCGAAAUUGUCGCAACCCCUAUUACUAGCCUGUUCAACCUCUCUUUCGUAACGUCUGAGAUCCCCAGAGAUUGGAAAGCUGCCGCGGUCAUCCCCCUCUUCAAAGGGGGUGACACUCUAGAUCCAAACUGUUACAGACCCAUAUCCAUCCUGCCCUGCCUUUCAAAAGUUUUUGAAAGCCAAGUCAACAAACAGAUCACCGACCAUUUCGAAUCCCACCGUACCUUCUCCGCUAUGCAAUCCGGUUUCCGAGCUGGUCAUGGGUGCACUUCAGCCACGCUCAAGGUCCUAAACGAUAUUAUAACCGCGAUCGAUAAUAGAUAGUACUGUGCAGCCGUUUUCAUUGACCUGGCCAAGGCUUUCGACUCUGUCAACCACCGCAUUCUUAUUGGCAGACUAAAUAGCCUUGGUUUCUCAAAUGACUGCCUCGCCUGGUUCACCAACUACUUCUCAGAUAGAGUUCAAUGUGUCAAAUCGGAGGGCCUGUUGUCUGGACCUAUGGCAGUCUCUAUGGGGGUGCCACAGGGUUCAAUUCUUGGGCCGACUCUUUUCUCUGUGUAUAUCAAUGACGUCGCUCUUGCUGCUGGUGACUCUCAGAUCCACCUCUACGCAGACGACACCAUUUUGUAUACAUCUGGCCCUUCAUUGGACACUGUGUUAACAAACCUCCAAACGAGCUUCAAUGCCAUACAACACUCCUUCAGUAGCCUCCAACUGCUCUUAAACACUAGUAAAACUAAAUGCAUGCUCUUCAACCGAACGCUGCUUGCACCCGCCCACCCGACUAGAAUCACUACUCUCGACGGGUCUGACCUAGAGUAUGUGGACAACUACAAAUAUCUAGGUGUCUGGUUAGACUGUAAACUCUCCUUCCAGACUCACAUUAAGAAUCUCCAAUCCAAAGUUAAAUCUAGAAUCGGUUUCCUAUUUCGCAACAAAGCCUCCUUCACUCAUGCUGCCAAACAUGCCCUCGUAAAACUGACUAUCCUACCGAUCCUUGACUUCGGCGAUGUCAUUUACAAAAUAGCCUCCAACACUCUACUCAGCAAAUUGGAUGUUGUCUAUCACAGUGCCAUCCGUUUUGUCUCCAAAGCCCCAUAUAAUACCCACCACUGUGACCUGUACGCUCUUGUUGGCUGGUCCUCACUACAUAUUCGUCGCCAAACCCACUGGCUCCAGGCCAUCUAUAAAUCACUGCUAGGCAAAUCCCCGCCUUAUCUUAGCUCAUUGGUCACCAUAGCAACACCCACCCGUAGUCUGCGCUCCAGCGGGUAUAUCUCACUGGUCAUUCCCAAAGCCAACACCUCCUUUGGCCGCCAUUCCUUCCAGUUCUCUGCUGCCAAUGACUGGAACAAAUUGCAAAAAUCUCUGAAGCUGGAGACUCUUAUCUCCCUCACUAACUUUAAGCAUCAGUUGUCAGAGCAGCUUACCGAUCACUGCACCUGUACACAGCCCAUCUGAAAUUAGCCCACCCAACUACCUCAUCCCUAUAUUGUUAUUUAUUUUGCUCUUUUGCACCCCAGUAUCUCUAUUUGCACAUCAUCUCUUGCACAUCUAUCAUUCCAGUGUUAAUACUAAUUGUAAUUAUUUUGCACUAUAGCCUAUUUUAUUGCCUUACCUCCAUAACUUGCUAAAUUUGCACACUGUAUAUUAUAUGUAUUUCUGUUGUAUUUUUGACUUUGUUUUGUUUUACCCCAUAUGUAACUCUGUGUUGUUGUUUUUAUCUCACUGCUUUGCUUUAUCUUGGCCAGGUCGCAGUUGUAAAUGAGAACUUGUUCUCAACUGGUUUACCUGGUUAAAUAAAGGUGGAAAAAAAAAAAAAAAAAAAAAAAACAUGUUUAUAGUUUUAACCUUGUUAAUAGUUUUAACCUUGUUAAUAGUUUUAACCAUGUUAAUAGUUUUAAUUGAUAGUUUUAACCAUGUUAGUUUUAACCAUGGUAAUAAUUGUAACCAUUUUUUAACCAUGUUUAUAAUUGUAACCAUGUUAGUUUCAACCAUGUUAGUUUUAACCAUGUUUAUAGUUGUAACCAUGUUAAUAGUUUUAACCAUGUUUAUAGUUUUAACCAUGUUAAUAGUUUUAAUUGAUAGUUUUAACCAUGUUAGUUUUAACCAUGUUUAUAGUUUUAACCUUGUUAAUAGUUUUAACCUUGUUAAUAGUUUUAACCUUGUUAAUAGUUUUAACCGUGUUAAUAGUUUUAACCAUGUGUAUAGUUGUAACCAUGUUCAUAGUUGUAACCAUGUUCAUAGUUUUAACCUUGUUAAUAGUUUUAACCUUGUUAAUAGUUUUAAACAUGUUUAUAGUUGUAACCAUGUUUAUAGUUGUAACCAUGUGAAUAGUUUUAACCAUGUUUAUAGUUGUAACCAUGUGAAUAGUUUUAACCAUGUGUAUAGUUUUAACCAUGUUUAUAGUUGUAACCAUGUGAAUAGUUUUAACCAUGUGUAUAGUUUUAACCAUGUGUAUAGUUUUAACCAUGUUUCUGAUUUUAUCCAUGUUAAUAGUUUUAUCCAUGUUUAUGGUUUUAACCAUGUGUAUAGUUUUAAUUGAUCAUUUUAACCAUGUUAGUUUUAACCAUGGUAAUAAUUUUAACCAUGUUUAUAGUUUUAAUUGAUAGUUUUAACCAUGUGUAUAGUUUUAACCAUGUGUAUAGUUUUAACCUUGUUAAUAGUUUUAACCAUGUGUAUAGUUUUAACCUUGUUAAUAGUUUUAACCUUGUUAAUAGUUUUAACCAUGUGUAUAGUUUUAACCAUGUGUAUAGUUUUAACCUUGUUAAUAGUUUUAACCAUGUGUAUAGUUUUAACCAUGUUCAUAGUUUUAACCAUGUUAAUAAUUGUAACAUGUUUAUAGUUUUAACCAUGUUUCUGGUUUUAUCCAUGUUAAUGGUUUUAUCCAUGUUUAUAGUUUUAACCAUGUGUAUAGUUUUAAUUGAUCGUUUUAACCAUGUUAGUUUUAACCAUGGUAAUAAUUUUAACCAUGUUUAUAGUUUUAAUUUAUAGUUUUAACCGUGUGUAUAGUUUUAACCGUGUGUAUAGUUUUAACCGUGUGUAUAGUUUUAACCGUGUGUAUAGUUUUAACCGUGUGUAUAGUUUUAACCGUGUGUAUAGUUUUAACCGUGUGUAUAGUUUUAACCGUGUGUAUAGUUUUAACCAUGUUUUGAGGCUAUACAGUGUUUGUUUACAUUUACUUUGUUUACAAACAAAGGAGUAAAACAAACUUAUAUUUGGGGUUCUGAUGGGGUACGACAGUUGCACUAAGCUCAUGAGUUAUAAGUCCAAUAGGAUGUAAAACGCAGAUGACCUUUAAUCUAUUUAGUGUGUGUCUUAACUGCGUUGUCUGUCUGUACAGUGUUCUGUUGUCAUGUGUCUGUCUGUUUGUUUACUGUCAUUGUCUGUCUGUCAGUGUUGUCUGUUUGUUGUCUGUCAUGUGUCUGUCUGUCAUGUGUCUGUCUGUCAUGUGUCUGUCUGUCUGUCUGUCUGUCUGUCUGUCUGUCAUGUGUCUGUCUGUCAUGUGUCUGUGUGUCUGUCAUUCGUCUGUAUGUCAUGUGUCUGUCUGUCUGUCAUGUGUCUGUGUGUCUGUCAUUCGUCUGUAUGUCAUGUGUCUGUCUGUCUGUCAUGUGUCUGUCUGUCUGUCAUGUGUCUGUCUGUCAUGUGUCUGUCUGUCUGUCAUGUGUCUGUCUGUCAUGUGUCUGUCUGUCUGUCAUUCGUCUGUAUGUCAUGUGUCUGUCUGUCUGUCAUGUGUCUGUCUGUCUGUCAUGUGUCUGUCUGUCUGUCAUGUGUCUGUCUGUCAUGUGUCUGUCUGUCUGUCAUUCGUCUGUCUGUCUGUCUGUCAUGUGUCUGUCUGUCUGUCAUGUGUCUGUAUGUCUGUCAUGUGUCUGUCUGUCUGUCAUGUGUCUGUGUGUCUGUCAUUCGUCUGUCUGUCUGUCAUGUGUCUGUCUGUCUGUCAUGUCUGUGUGUCUGUCAUUCGUCUGUCUGUCAUGUGUCUGUCUGUCCCCUCCUCUCUUAGAGUUGCGAUAAGAUUAAGCAGUCAGCUACGGGGACCAAGAGGAGGGUGUUCGUAGUGGAGACUAUGGGAGGGUACUGUGGUUACCUGGCAACCACCACCGGUAUCGCUGUGGGAGCGGACGCUGCUUACAUCUUCGAGGACCCCUUCAACCUCCAGGACCUAAAGGUGAGAUCCAGGCUGCAGCUGAAAUAGCACCCUAUUCCCUACUCUGGUCAACAGUAGUGCACUAAUAGAGUUCCAUUUCAGACACUCACACAGUCUUCAAUUAGACGGCUGUGCUCAUUAUCCCAGAUAGACCACGGAGUCAUUUUAUAUGGAUAUACUGGAGGCUUCCUGAACAGAGUGAUAAAUGAUCCAUGUAGUCUUAAUAAAUACACCUCUGGAAUGACCCUGCCCUUUCAGACUAACGUGGAGCAUCUCACAGAGAAGAUGAAGGAAGACAUCCAGAGGGGUCUCGUGCUGAGGUAAGACAUCAUUACAUCUUUAUAGAGGUAAGACAAGACAUCAUUACAUCUUUAUAGAGGUUAUCAACAAGACAUAAUUACAUCUUUAUAGAGGUUAUCAACAAGACAUCAUUACAUCUUUAUAGAGGUUAUCAACAAGACAUCAUUACAUCUUUAUAGAGGUUAUCAACAAGACAUCAUUACAUCUUUAUAGAGGUUAUCAACAAGACAUAAUUACAUCUUUAUAGAGGUUAUCAACAAGACAUCAUUACAUCUUUAUAGAGGUUAUCAACAAGACAUCAUUACAUCUUUAUAGAGGUUAUCAACAAGACAUAAUUACAUCUUUAUAGAGGUUAUCAACAAGACAUCAUUACAUCUUUAUAGAGGUUAUCAACAAGACAUCAUUACAUCUUUAUAGAGGUAAGACAUGACAUCAUUACAUCUUUAUAGAGGUUAUCAACAAGACAUCAUUACAUCUUUAUAGAGGUAAGACAUGACAUCAUUACAUCUUUAUAGAGGUUAUCAACAAGGUAGGUGAAGGUAGGAAACAUCUCCACCUCGCUGAUCCUCAACACUGGGGCCCCACAAGGGUGCGUGCUCAGCCCCCUCCUGUACUCCCUGUUCACCCAUGACUGCGUGGCCAAGCACGCCUCCAACUCAAAUCAUCAAGUUCGCAGAUGACACAACAGUAGUAGGCUUGAUUACCGACGAGACAGCUUACAGGGAGGAGGUGAGGACCCUGGCAGAGUGGUGCCAGGAAAAUAACCUCUCCCUCAAUGUCAGCAAAACAAAGGAGCUGAUCGUUGACUUCAGGAGACAACAGAGAGAGCACGCCCCUAUUCACAUCGACGGGACCGCAGUGGAGAAGGUGAAAAGCUUCAAGUUCCUCGGCGUACACAGCACUGACAAUCUGCGCCUCUUCAACCUCAGGAGGCUGAAGAAAUUUGGGUUGGGCCCUAAGACCCUCACAAACUUUUACAGAUGCACAAUUGAGAGCAUCCUGUCGGGCUGUAUCACCGCCUGGUAUGGCAACUGCACCGCCCGCAACCGCAGGGCUCUCCAGAGGGUGGUGCGGUCUGUCCAACGCAUCACCGGGGGCACACUGCCUGCCCUCCAGGACACCUACAGCACCGAUAUCACAGGAAGGCCAAAAAUAUCAUCAAGGACAUCAACCACCCGAGCCACGGCCUGUUGACCCCGCUAUCAUCUAGAAGGCGAGGUCAGUACAGGUGCAUCAAAGCUGGGACCGAGAGACUGAAAAACAGCUUCUAUCUCAAGGCCAUCAGACUGUUAAACAGCCAUCACUAGCCGGCCUCCACCCGGUUACUCAACCCUGCACCUUAGCAGCUGCUGCCCUAUACACAUAGACAUGGAAUCACUGGUCACUUUAAUAAUGGAACACUAGUCACUUUAAUAAUGUUUACAUACUGCUUUACUCAUCUCGUAUGUACAGUCGUGGUCAAAGGUUUUGAGAAUGACACAAAUAUUAAUUUUCACAAAGUCUGCUGCCGCAGUUUUUAUGAUUGCAAUUUGCAUAUACUCCAGAAUGUCAUGAAGAGUGAUCAGAUGAAUUGCAAUUAAUUGCAAAGUCCCUCUUUGCCAUGAAAAUGAAUUUAAUCCCAGAAAAACAUUUCCACUGCAUUUCAGCCCUGCCACAAAAGGACCAGCUGCCAUCAUGUCAGUGAUUCUCUCGUUAACACAGGUGAGAGUGUUGACGAGAACAAGGCUGGAGAUCACUCUGUCAUGCUGAUUGAGUUAGAAUAACAGACUGGAAGCUUUAAAAGGAGGGUGGUGCUUGAAAUCAUUGUUCUUCCUCUGUUAACCAUGGUUACCUACAAGGAAACUAGUGCCGUCAUAAUAAUAAUAAUAAUAUGCCAUUUAGCAGACGCUUUUAUCCAAAGCGACUUAGUCAUGCGUGCAUACAUUUUUGUGUAUGGGUGGUCCCGGGGAUCGAACCCACUAUCUUGGCGUUACAAGCGCCGUGCUCUACCAGCUGAGCUACAGAGGACCACAUUACUUUGCACAAAAAGGGCUUCACAGGCAAGGAUAUUGCAGCUAGUAAGAUUGCACCUAAAUCAACCAUUUAUCGGAUCAUCAAGAACUUCAAGGAGAGAUGUUCAAUUGUUGUGAAGAUGGCUUCAGGGCGGCCAAGAAAGUCCAGCAAGCGCCAGGACCGUCUCCUAAAGUUGAUUCAGCUGCGGGAUCGGGGCACCACCAGUGCAGAGCUUGCUCAGGAAUGGCAGCAGGCAGGUGUGAGUGCAUCUGCACGCACAGUGAGGCGAAGACUUUUGGAGGAUGGCCUGGUGUCAAGAAGGGCAGCGAGGAAGCCUCUUCUCUCCAGUAAAAACAUCAGGGACAGACUGCUAUUCUGCAAAAGGUACAGGGAUUGGACUGCUGAGGACUGGGGUAAAGUCAUUUUCUCUGAUGAAUCCCCUUUCCGAUUGUUUGGGGUAUCCGGAAAAAAGCUUGUCCGGAGAAGACAAGGUGAGCGCUACCAUCAGUCCUGUGUCAUGCCAACAGUAAAGCAUCCUGAGAUCAUUCAUGUGUGGUGUUGCUUCUCAGCCAAGGGAGUGGGCUCACUCACAAUUUUGCCUAAGAACACAGCCAUGAAUAAAGAAUGGUACCAACACAUCCUCCGAGAGCAACUUCUCCCAACCAUCCAAGAACAGUUUGGUGACGAACAAUGCCUUUUCCAGCAUGAUGGAGCACCUUGCCAUAAGCCAAAAGUGAUAACUAAGUGGCUUGGGGAACAAAACAUCGACAUUUUGGGUCCAUGGCCAGGAAACUCCCCAGACCUUAAUCCCAUUGAGAACUUGUGGUCGAUCCUCAAGAGGCGGGUGGACAAACUAAAACCCACAAACUCCAAGCAUUGAUUAUGCAAGAAUGGGCUGCCAUCAGUCAGGAUGUGGCCCAGAAGUUAAUUGACAGCAUGCCAGGGCGGAUUGCAAAGGCCUUGAAAAAGAAGGGUCAACACUGCAAAUAUUGACUCUUUGCAUAAACUUAAUGUAAUUGUCAAUAAAAGCCUUUGACACUUAUGGAAUGCUUGUAAUUAUACUUCAGUGUACCAUAGUAACAUCUGACAAAAAUAUCUAAAAACACUGAAGCAGCGAACUUUGUGAAGACCAAUACUUGUGUCAUUCUCAAAACUUUUGACCUCGACUGUAUAUACUGUAUUCUAUUCUACUGUAUUUUAGUCAAUGCCACUCUGACAUUGUUCGUCCUAAUAUUUAUAUAUUUCUUAAUUCCAUUAUUUUACUUUUAGAUUUGUGUGUAUUGUUGUGAAUUGUUAGAUACUACUGCACUGUCGGAGCUAGAAGCACAAGCAUUUCGCUACACCCGCAAUAACAUCUGCUAAAUAUGUGUGUGACCAAUACAAUUUAAUUUAAUUUGAGCAAGUCAUCAUUACAUCUUUAUAGAGGUUAGAAAUAAGGAGUUCAUUAAUUAUUAUUUAUCUCUUAAUUGCCAGCCUAGCAACUCAUUGAAAGCCUUAUUUAGUGAUAUAAACAAUAAAUGUUUAAUAUACUUAAUGAAACAGUAAAGACGGUGAAGUAGCGUCUCUGACAGGGAAGUAGCGUCUCUGACAGGGAAGUAGCGUCUCUGACAGGGAAGUAGAGUCUCUGACAGUGAACUAGCGUCUCUGACAGGGAAGUAGCGUCUCUGACAGGGAAGUAGCGUCUCUGACAGUGAAGUAGCGUCUCUGACAGUGAAAAAGUAGCGUCCGACAGUGAAGUAGCGUCUCUGACAGGGAAGUAGCGUCUCUGACAGGGAGUAGCGUCUCUGACAGGGAAGUAAGCGUCUCUGAACAUGGAAGUAGCGUCUCUGACAGGGAAGUAGCAUCUCUGACAGAGAAGUAGCGUCUCUGACAGGAAGUAGCGUCUCUGACAGGGAAGUAGCGUCUCUGGACGUGAAGUAGCGUCUCUGACAGUGAGUAGCGUCUCUGACAGGGAAGUACGUCUCUGACAGGGAAGUAGCGUCUCUGACAGGGAGUAGCGUCUCUGACAGGGAAGUAGCGUCUCUGACAGGGAGUAGCGUCUCUGACAGGAAGUAGCGUCUCUGACAGGGAAGUAGCGUCUCUGACAGGGAGUAGCGUCUCUGACAGGGAAGUAGCGUCUCUGACAGGAAGUAGCUCUCUGACAGGGAAGUAGCGUCUCUGCCAGGGAAGUAGCGUCUCUGACAGGGAAGUAGCGUCUCUACAGUGAAGUAGCGUCUCUGACAGUGAGUAGCGUCUCUGACAGGGAAGUAGCGUCUCUGACAGGGAAGUAGCGUCUCUGACAGGGAAGUAGCGUCUCUGACAGUGAAGUAGCGUCUCUGACAGUGAAGUAGCGUCUCUGACAGGGAAGUAGCGUCUCUGACAGGGAAGUAGCGUCUCUGACAGGGAAGUAGCGUCACUGACAGUGAAGUAGCGUCUCUGACAGGGAAGUAGCGUCUCUGACAGUGAAGUAGCGUCUCUGACAGGGAAGUAGCGUCUCUGACAGGGAAGUAGCGUCUCUGACAGGGAAGUAGCGUCUCUGACAGGGAAGUAGCGUCUCUGACAGGGAAGUAGCGUCUCUGACAGGGAAGUAGCGUCUCUGACAGUGAAGUAGCGUCUCUGACAGUGAAAUUGCGUCUCUAACAGGGAAUUAGCGUCUCUGACAGGGAAGUAGCGUCUCUGACAGGGAAGUAGCGUCUCUGACAGUGUGGAACCUCGUCAAAUCGUGCCGGAUAAGAUCACUCCACAGCUUGAAAUGUCACCAAUGGCACGGUCAAAUUGGUACCUUUUCUGUGGUGCAGAUGGUUUGUAUGUUGUCAAGCAGGGUGGUCACAUGUUGUCAAGCAGGGUGGUCACAUGUUGUCAAGCAGGGUGGUCACAUUUGUCAAGCAGGGUGGUCACAUGUUGUCAAGCAGGGUGGUCACAUGUUGUCAAGCAGGGUGGUCACAUGUUGUCAAGCAGGUUGGUCACUAGUUGGAGCCGAUGACAGUGAAGGAAGCAAUACUGCAAAGCAAGCACAGUGAUGUAUCUAUAGGACAGUUAAUAUAAUGAAUUAUAGGAUCUCUCUUACAUCUGUCUCUAUAGGACAGUUAAUAUAAUGAAUUAUAGGAUCUCUCUUACAUCUGUCUCUAUAGGACAGUUAAUAUAAUGAAUUAUAGGAUCUCUCUUACAUCUGUCUCUAUAGGACAGUUAAUAUAAUGAAUUAUAGGAUCUCUCUUACAUCUGUCUCUAUAGGACAGUUAAUAUAAUGAAUUAUAGGAUCUCUCUUACAUCUGUCUCUAUAGGACAGUUAAUAUAAUGAAUUAUAGGAUCUCUCUUACAUCUGUCUCUAUAGGACAGUUAAUAUAAUGAAUUAUAGGAUCUCUCUUACAUCUGUCUCUAUAGGACAGUUAAUAUAAUGAAUUAUAGGAUCUCUAUGGUUCUGUCUCUAUAGGACAGUUAAUAUAAUGAAUUAUAGGAUCUCUCUUACAUCUGUCUCUAUAGGACAGUUAAUAUAAUGAAUUAUAGGAUCUCUCUUACAUCUGUCUCUAUAGGACAGUUAAUAUAGUGAAUUAUAGGAUCUCUAUGGUUCUGUCUCUAUAGGACAGUUAAUAUAAUGAAUUAUAGGAUCUCUCUUACAUCUGUCUCUAUAGGACAGUUAAUAUAGUGAAUUAUAGGAUCUCUCUUACAUCUGUCUCUAUAGGACAGUUAAUAUAAUGAAUUAUAGGAUCUCUCUUACAUCUGUCUCUAUAGGACAGUUAAUAUAAUGAAUUAUAGGAUCUCUCUUACAUCUGUCUCUAUAGGACAGUUAAUAUAGUGAAUUAUAGGAUCUCUAUGGUUCUGUCUCUAUAGGACAGUUAAUAUAAUGAAUUAUAGGAUCUCUCUUACAUCUGUCUCUAUAGGACAGUUAAUAUAGUGAAUUAUAGGAUCUCUCUUACAUCUGUCUCUAUAGGACAGUUAAUAUAAUGAAUUAUAGGAUCUCUCUUACAUCUGUCUCUAUAGGACAGUUAAUAUAGUGAAUUAUAGGAUCUCUCUUACAUCUGUCUCUAUAGGACAGUUAAUAUAAUGAAUUAUAGGAUCUCUCUUACAUCUGUCUCUAUAGGACAGUUAAUAUAAUGAAUUAUAGGAUCUCUAUGGUUCUGUCUCUAUAGGACAGUUAAUAUAAUGAAUUAUAGGAUCUCUCUUACAUCUGUCUCUAUAGGACAGUUAAUAUAAUGAAUUAUAGGAUCUCUCUUACAUCUGUCUCUAUAGGACAGUUAAUAUAAUGAAUUAUAGGAUCUCUCUUACAUCUGUCUCUAUAGGACAGUUAAUAUAAUGAAUUAUAGGAUCUCUCUUACAUCUGUCUCUAUAGGACAGUUAAUAUAAUGAAUUAUAGGAUCUCUCUUACAUCUGUCUCUAUAGGACAGUUAAUAUAAUGAAUUAUAGGACCUUUCUGGUUCUGUCUCUAUAGGACAGUUAAUAUAAUGAAUUAUAGGAUCUCUCUUACAUCUGUCUCUAUAGGACAGUUAAUAUAGUGAAUUAUAGGAUCUCUCUUACAUCUGUCUCUAUAGGACAGUUAAUAUAAUGAAUUAUAGGAUCUCUUACAUCUGUCUCUAUAGGACAGUUAAUAUAAUGAAUUAUAGGAUCUCUCUUACAUCUGUCUCUAUAGGACAGUUAAUAUAAUGAAUUAUAGGAUCUCUAUGGUUCUGUCUCUAUAGGACAGUUAAUAUAAUGAAUUAUAGGAUCUCUCUUACAUCUGUCUCUAUAGGACAGUUAAUAUAGUGAAUUAUAGGAUCUCUAUGGUUCUGUCUCUAUAGGACAGUUAAUAUAAUGAAUUAUAGGAUCUCUAUGGUUCUGUCUCUAUAGGACAGUUAAUAUAAUGAAUUAUAGGAUCUCUCUUACAUCUGUCUCUAUAGGACAGUUAAUAUAAUGAAUUAUAGGAUCUCUCUUACAUCUGUCUCUAUAGGACAGUUAAUAUAAUGAAUUAUAGGAUCUCUCUUACAUCUGUCUCUAUAGGACAGUUAAUAUAGUGAAUUAUAGGAUCUCUAUGGUUCUGUCUCUAUAGGACAGUUAAUAUAAUGAAUUAUAGGAUCUCUCUUACAUCUGUCUCUAUAGGACAGUUAAUAUAAUGAAUUAUAGGAUCUCUCUUACAUCUGUCUCUAUAGGACAGUUAAUAUAAUGAAUUAUAGGAUCUCUCUUACAUCUGUCUCUAUAGGACAGUUAAUAUAAUGAAUUAUAGGACCUUUCUGGUUCUGUCUCUAUAGGACAGUUAAUAUAAUGAAUUAUAGGAUCUCUCUUACAUCUGUCUCUAUAGGACAGUUAAUAUAAUGAAUUAUAGGAUCUCUCUUACAUCUGUCUCUAUAGGACAGUUAAUAUAAUGAAUUAUAGGAUCUCUUACAUCUGUCUCUAUAGGACAGUUAAUAUAAUGAAUUAUAGGAUCUCUCUUACAUCUGUCUCUAUAGGACAGUUAAUAUAAUGAAUUAUAGGAUCUCUAUGGUUCUGUCUCUGUAGGACAGUUAAUAUAAUGAAUUAUAGGAUCUCUCUUACAUCUGUCUCUAUAGGACAGUUAAUAUAAUGAAUUAUAGGACCUUUCUGGUUCUGUCUCUAUAGGACAGUUAAUAUAAUGAAUUAUAGGAUCUCUCUUACAUCUGUCUCUAUAGGACAGUUAAUAUAAUGAAUUAUAGGAUCUCUCUUACAUCUGUCUCUAUAGGACAGUUAAUAUAGUGAAUUAUAGGAUCUCUAUGGUUCUGUCUCUAUAGGACAGUUAAUAUAAUGAAUUAUAGGAUCUCUAUGGUUCUGUCUCUAUAGGACAGUUAAUAUAAUGAAUUAUAGGAUCUCUCUUACAUCUGUCUCUAUAGGACAGUUAAUAUAAUGAAUUAUAGGAUCUCUCUUACAUCUGUCUCUAUAGGACAGUUAAUAUAAUGAAUUAUAGGAUCUCUCUUACAUCUGUCUCUAUAGGACAGUUAAUAUAAUGAAUUAUAGGAUCUCUCUUACAUCUGUCUCUAUAGGACAGUUAAUAUAAUGAAUUAUAGGAUCUCUCUUACAUCUGUCUCUAUAGGACAGUUAAUAUAAUGAAUUAUAGGAUCUCUCUUAUAUCUGUCUCUAUAGGACAGUUAAUAUAAUGAAUUAUAGGACCUUUCUGGUUCUGUCUCUAUAGGACAGUUAAUAUAAUGAAUUAUAGGACCUCUCUGGUUCUGUCUCUGUAGGAAUGAGAAGUGUCACCUUCACUACACCACUGAUUUCAUCCACAAGCUGUACUCGGCCGAGGGGAAGGGCAUCUUCGACUGUAGGGUCAACGUGCUGGGGCACCUCCAGCAGGUAUGGAACGAACAGAACCACACUGCUAAAGCUUACAUGUUAAAAUGCAACCUUAUAUUAAUAGCAUGAUGAGUUUCUUGAUAAUGAAAUUAGGGGGUAGACUUAUAUGGUCUAGACUGUGAAGUGCAUGAAUUAUCGAAAUGGUUCCUAUAUGUUUUUUCAUUCUUUUUUUAGAUGAACUUUUUUAUCUCUGGUGUCAUUCUAGGGAGGCGCACCAACACCCUUCGACAGAAACUUUGGCACCAAGCUGGGUGUGAAGGCUGUGCAGUGGCUCACAGAGAAGAUGAUCAACAACUUCAGACAAGGUACUGGGUGUGUCCCUAAUGGCACCCUAUACCGGCACCCUAUACCCUGCACCCUAUACCGGCACCCUAUACCCUGCACCCUAUACCGGCACCCUAUACCCUGCACCCUAUACCGGCACCCUAUACCCUGCACCCUAUACCGGCACCCUAUACCCUGCACCCUAUACCGGCACCCUAUACCGGCACCCUAUACCCUGCACCCUAUACCGGCACCCUAUACCCGGCACCCUAUACCGGCACCCUAUACCGGCACCCUAUACCCUGCACUCUAUACCGGCACCCUAUACCGGCACCCUAUACCGGCACCCUAUACCCUGCACCCUAUACCGGCACCCUAUACCGGCACCCUAUACCGGCACCCUAUACCCUGCAUAAUACACUACUUUUGGGCUCUGGUUAAAAGUAGGGCACUAUAAAGGGAAUAGUGUGCCAUGGCUCUGGUUAAAAGUAGGGCACUAUAAAGGGAAUAGUGUGCCAUGGCUCUGGUUAAAAGUAGGGCACUAUAAAGGGAAUAGUGUGCCAUGGCUCUGGUUAAAAGUAGGGCACUAUAAAGGGAAUAGUGUGCCAUGGCUCUGGUUAAAAGUAGGGCACUAUAAAGGGAAUAGUGUGCCAUGGCUCUGGUUAAAAGUAGGGCACUAUAAAGGGAAUAGUGUGCCAUGGCUCUGGUUAAAAGUAGGGCACUAUAAAGGGAAUAGUGUGCCAUGGCUCUGGUUAAAAGUAGGGCACUAUAAAGACACUGUAAGAGUGCCUUUAGCUCUGAUUCAACAACAUGAAGCCAUGGAAACAGGGUGAUGGAUAUAUAUCAUGUUUAUCCCCACCUCUACUUCUACCGUUCCAGGUCGUGUGUUUGCCAACGCCCCGGACACAGCGUCUGUCAUCGGCUUCAGUAAGAAGCUCCUAACCUUCAUCCCUGUCAUUGACCUUAAGACACAGACUGACUUUGAGUGAGUAGAGUACCACACCUGUUGUCCAUCCAUCCAAACCUUGUUUACAUCAGCAGUUGUUACGAAGUCCUUUACAAUCUGGUUUUUACAGUGUGUCAUUUUAGUCCCUAAGCAGGCAGUAAAAUCUCUCUUCCUCCCCCUCCUGCCAUAGGCACCGGAUGCCCAAGGUCCAGUGGUGGCAGAACCUGCAUCAGAUUCUGAAAAUGUUGGCCAAGCACCAGACCAGCUUCAGCGAGUACGUCCCUGGAGAGAUAGAACAUGUGACCCGACGCUCUCUCAGCAUCGACACCGGCUUCUAGAACACACACUAACCCUGGACCACAGACACCAGCUUCUAGAACACACACUAACCCUGGACCGCAGACACCAGCUUCUAGAACACACACUAACCCUGGACCACAGACACCAGCUUCUAGAACACACACUAACCCUGGACCGCAGACACCAGCUUCUAGAACACACACUAACCCUGGACCACAGACACCAGCUUCUAGAAUAUACACUAACCCUGGACCACAGACACCAGCUUCUAGAACACACACUAACCCUGGACCACAGACACCAGCUUCUAGAACACACACUAACCCUGGACCUCAGACACCAGCUUCUAGAACAGACACUAACCCUGGACCACAGACACCAGCUUCUAGAACACACACUAACCCUGGACCACAGACACCAGCUUCUAGAACACACACUAACCCUGGACCACAGACACCAGCUUCUAGAACACACACUAACCCUGGACCGCAGAUACCAGCUUCUAGAACACACACUAACCCUGGACCGCAGAUACCAGCUUCUAGAACACACACUAACCCUGGACCUCAGACACCAGCUUCUAGAACACACACUAACCCUGGACCUCAGACACCAGCUUCUAGAACACACACUAACCCUGGACCUCAGACACCAGCUUCUAGAACACACACUAACCCUGGACCACAGACACCAGCUUCUAGAACAUACACUAACCCUGGACCUCAGACACCAGCUUCUAGAACACACACUAACCCUGGACCUCAGACACCAGCUUCUAGAACACACACUAACCCUGGACCUCAGACACCAGCUUCUAGAACACACACUAACCCUGGACCGCAGACACCAGCUUCUAGAACACACACUAACCCUGGACCUCAGACACCAGCUUCUAGAAGACACACUAACCCUGGACCUCAGACAUCAGCUUCUAGAACACACACUAACCCUGGACCUCAGACACCAGCUUCUAGAACACACACUAACCCUGGACCACAGACACCAGCUUCUAGAACACACACUAACCCUGGACCUCAGACACCAGCUUCUAGAACACACACUAACCCUGGACUGA